AUGCCAGCCCCCUCGCGCGCGGUGGGAAAAGGGGGCGGGGCCCGCCGGACCCCUCUGUGGCACCAUUUACGGAAGGGAAGGCGGGUGAGGGGUGUGGCCGCGGCUCCUCCACCCGGUCAUCCUUCCUCUGAGCUCAGCAGGAAAAGUCAUUGAGAGGGAGGCGGGAUAAACAAAAACCAAAAGUUGGGAGGAGGAGGAGGGGAGCGAAAGCGGCAAGGCUCGCGCGGCUGGGGAAAUACGGUAGCAGCAAGCAAACGGCCGUUGGGUCGCCUCACGCGCCCGGCCGCUUCUUAACGGUCGCGUCGCUGCCCUCGGGCCAGACAGACAGACAGACUGUGCGCCCUUGAGGCAUCCUCAUGCUCUCUUCGCUGCUCGUCUGAGGGGAAAAGAAGACCAAAAGCAAAGCGGCGGCGAUGGGUUAGUCGGACAGCCUCACUGUGGGAAGUGGGAAACACCUUUACGUUGCGCUUUUUAAUUUUAAAAAGUGUGUGUUGGGGGCGUGAUAUGGAAGGGGCGGCGGGUUAAACCUUUAUAAAAUUGUCGGUGCCUGCAAGGCGCUUUGAUUUUCACGCUUUUUAGCGCCUCCCUGAGGUAGGUCGACUAAUUGGGGGGCGGUCGAAUGGAUUAAGUUUGCUGGGCAAACUUGGGAAAGGAGGUUCCCCUCACGCUGCGCGGCCUUCCCGUGUUUAUUUUGUGAAAUAAACUUUUAAAAUUUGUUUUUGAACGUUUUGAUUGCUCUUACUUAAUAAUCCUACUUGUAUAUUCUUUUUGUAAACCGCUCUGAAGUUUUUUUCUGCAAUCAGGCGGUAUAUAUAAUUUUUAGUAAACAAAAAACAGGUGGACAGGCUGUCUGCUUCGAUUAAGCGCUCCCUGGGUGGAGCUCCUACAUAUUGAUAAAUUCUGGCGACUUUUCUAAUCUUACACACACCUGUUAUAAGGGCAUAAGGAUUUCUGGAAGGCUAACACUCCCCAGGUAACAUGAGCAUGAGGAAAGCAAUGCUUACUUGUAAUUCUGAAAUUAGGUUUCCACACACACCCCUCCUUCUUUCUUCUUCUCCCUCGAUUUGCUGGAGCUGAGUUUGUAGGGUCAGGCACCCUGAACAAUUGUAGUCCCGAAUCAUGCCAUUGUAGUCCCGAAUCAUGCCAUAGGAAAUAACUUUGAAAGUGAAAAAUUGGGAUUGCAAGACUGAAUACAUAACCCACAACACAUAAAGGGGACAAGGGUUCUCACUUUGUUCAGUUCUUUUACAUUCUGGAAGUAUUUUUCUCUGCCAUAUGGGAAAGCUUUCAAAUAUGCAGACCCGACAGCAGCCUAGAGUACAUACACACUUUAAUUUAGCUUUCAUCAACUUUGUACGCUGUAGAUGUUUAGAAUUACAACUCCCAUCCUCCAUUAUUAAACAUGAUGUUGGGAAUUGUAAAUCAAAUGAGGAUACCAGACCCCACAAAAUGACCACCCAGAGAUCAGUGGAUGAGGACAGCAGCAAAGAGACUUAAUGUCAGCACCUCAGCCAGGCCUGUCAGACCCCACUGGGAGUGGUCUCUAGCACCCUUUAUUCUUUUCGUUUUUAAAAAUGUUAUAGUUAGGGCUAGCCAACUAGAAUUGUAGUGUUGGGAGGGACUCUGAGGAUCAUCUAGUCUAAUCUUCUACAAUGCAGGAAUAUGCAGUUGUCCCAUAUGGGUUUCAAACCUGCAACCUUGGUGUUAUCAGCAUCACAUUCUACCCAAUUUAGCUAUCCAGGCAGAGGGUGGCAUUUCAGCUUGGCUACUACGACUGGUUCAAUUGGUAAUUUUGGUCCCUGAUUUAAUGGACUUACCAAUGCUUAAGUAAAACUGCAGUCGUAUCCCCACUUUGUUGUUGUUGUUGUUGUUGUUGUUUAGUCGUGUCCGACUCUUCGUGACCCCAUGGACCAGAGCACGCCAGGCACUUCUGUCUUCCACUGCUUCCCGCAGCUUGGUCAAACUCAUGUUCGUAGCUUCAAGAACACUGUUCAACCAUCUCGUCCUCUGUCGUUCCCUUCUUCUUGUGCCCUCCAUCUUUCCCAGCAUCAGGGUCUUUUCCAGGGAGUCUUCUCUUCUCAUGAGUGGCCAAAGUAUUGGAGUCUCAGCUUCAGGAUCUGUCCUUCCAGUGAGCACUCAGGGCUGAUUUCCUUAAGAAUGGAUAGGUAUCCCCACUUACCUUGGAGUAAGUCCCACUGAAUUGAGUGGAACUUACUUCUGAGUAGAUAUGGUUAGGACUGUGCUAUCAGUCAUUCUUUGCACAAAUGCCAGCUUUGUGAGUAUAGCCUCCAGCCAUUCAUCUGUGUCCUGGCACUCUGCCAUUAGCUUGUCUCUGUUGCUCUUCUACGAAGAGGUGACUUCUAUGAAAAAUAAGGUGUCAUAAGAGUUAUGUUGAGGCAUGGGCAAAGGUGGGUUUACUGUCUAAAACUAUGGGAUGUGUUUUGGAAUGAUGGUACGUAGAGAUUUUAUUAAGUUUUGGAAUAUUUACUGUUUUUCAGCAGUGUAUUUCAAAGUAUUACUUGUUGACACUUUAGAAUAAGUAGUGAGAAUAUGUGAUGGAGUUGUUCUGAGCUAAUGGAGAGUCUUAAGAAAUGUGAGAUGUUUAAGAAGUAUCUAUGAGUAACUAGGUUUAUUCAGUUGGGUUUUCCAGAGUGUCUCUGAGGCAAGCCAUAUGUUCCUGAAGUGUAAGUUUAAAAAUGUGCCCAAGUAGACUAAGACUAGACUCAAGUUUAGACAUUUGAAAAGAAUGAAUCAUUGGUAGGCUGAGCAGUACUUGAGGUGCCUCAACUAAAGACAUUUUAGGGAAUGGACUGGACUGUGCCAGAAAACCCUAUCAGCCAUGGGCGUAGCCAGGAUUUUUGUGGGGGGGGGCAGAACUGACAUGAUUGGUCAGCUGGUUAAGUAUUUCUAUGGUUUUACUGCUCCUCCCUGCCCCCCCCAUCCAUGCUAUCAGCUGGUCCACCAGUAAAGUGAAUAAAGGGCUGAAGGGACAUGUGAAGGAGGCAUCCUGGACUUGUGAAUGGCUUAAGACGUGUUCAAGAUCCUGUACCAACAGAUACUUGGAGUAUGAAAAUAAUGUUUUGUUUAGAGCAGGCUUGUAUAUAAGCUCACAUGUUUCUAUACAUACAUCUUUACUAGCCUGUUGGGGGCAGGGAAGGAGUGAUGGAGCUCUCCCACAGCAGCCCCCUAUCUAUCUAUCUAUCUAUCUAUCUAUCUAUCUAUAAUCUAUGUAUCUAUCUAUGUCAGCUACAGGGAAGAAGCUUCCUGCCUCUGGCAGCCUGUUUGGUUUUUCUGCUUGGAGGAUUCCAUCAACCCACUCAAUUGUCUGAUACAGUUCCUUGCCACUUAUGGCUACCAGGGUAUAGCUUAAGAUUUAAGCCUUAAAUACAAGACUGACUUCCAGAACUCUUCAUCAAGCAUGUUGGAAAGAUGCUUAACUUUCAUCUCCAUACAGAGUUGAGUUGUUUAUAAGUAUUUGCAUGUGUUAGCAAGCUGACCCUGUAAAUCAGUGCUGGCCAAACUUGGCCCUCCAGCUGUUUUGGGACUACGACUCCCAUCACCCCUAGCUAACAGGACCAGUGGUCAGGGAUGAUGGGCAUUGUAGUCCCAAAACAUCUGGUGGGCCAAGUUUGGCCACCACUGCUGUAAAUAGAUUAGAAUUGGCAACUUUUAACACUUGGCCUGGUGGUUCUGUGAAAGUGGUAUGAGCAGUUGAAAAACUUUUCACCAGUGGAAGAUCAGAGUAGGUACAAAACAAAGCAGAUACAAAAUAGUGAGAUUUUCUCUAUUUGCUGAACAAUUAGGUCAGAUGCACAGCAGUUUUCUUACAGAAAACUACCAAAUCUCAGCUACACUAUAUGAGCCUGAGACCAUUUUGUCUUCUCCCCCACACUUCAGUAGUGCACAUCUGCUAUAAAAUUGUCCCAUACUUCCUUUCCCUUUUGUAUGUCACAUCUAUAAGGAUAAAUAUGGUAAAUAUUGUUUGACAUGUCAUUUGCACAUGCCUAUCUUGUUGUGGCUUCUCUGCAAAAUGUGAAGAGCUCUGCCAACUUUAAGCAGAAAGCCCUGCUUACAUUGCAUGAGAAAAAUAUUUUUUACACUAUUAGAGUGGGAUGCUGCACGCACUCAUACUCCAUUCCUAUGCCUGGAACAGACAAUAACUGGUGGUAUUUAAACAGAUGUUGGAGAGUAAUGUGUCAUGAAUGCUGUAGUUGCAUGCUGCAUUGCAGAUCGUACAUUGAGCAGGAGAUUGGACUAGAUGACCUCUGAGGUUUCUUCCAGCUAUUAUUCUAUGCCAGCAUGAGGGCUGUGAUGGUAGGAGGGAAAUAGAAAGGAAUUUUUAAGGUAUGAGUAAUAGUAUUAACAUUUCUUUGAUGUAUACCAUUAGUCACAGAGUUUACUAUACCGUUACCUUUCUUUGUAAGUCAGCAUUUUAAAAAGUAUUUAUACAAAGUUUGGUAAACUAAUUUGGAAAUAUGAGAAUUAUGGCUUCAAAUGCUGUUAGAGCAGUGUAGGUUGCAAAUAUCAGUAUAUCUUCUUCUGUUGCUUAGAGAAAAGGUCUGCCAUACAGAAGCAGAAACAAGAAUAGCAUAUAUGUUUUUGUUUUGGCACAGAAUAUUUAAACUGAUGUAGUAAGUGGGACAUAUGAAGAGAAAAUGUUGGAGACAGUUCACAGCUCCAUAAGUUUUUGUAUAUUAUUCUGAAAGAAAAGUGAAUCUUAAUUAGGCUACUCUAAGAAUAAAAAUGAAAAAAGAAUUGUUAGGUUUAGAUUUAAGUACUUCUUUGAACUGUUUUAAAAGAAGAGUAUAUUUCAGAAAUAACAUUUUGUUCUAUUAUUCUGUUGGGAAACAUUAAUAAUUUAAAUAUUUCCACUCAAACCUUGCAGUUCAGUAUUUCUGAUAGAAUGAGGAAGAGGUCACUUUAAACGUGUUCUCAGCAAAAAACAUUUUAAGGGAGUAAUCCAGCUGAAGUUCAUGUACAACUUAAAUCUUAUAUCUUGGUUUGAACUCAUUACCUGGAAUGGAAAUUUGUAGAUCUUAACACAAUAACUUGAUCAAUAUCUGUUUUCUAACAGGCAUAGAAAUAACCGGUGGUCAGGUAGCAGUAUAAAUUGUCCUAGGUGGCUUUAAAAGUUUGUUCUUUGCAGCUCCUCUUCAGAAUGACUUAUCUUGGGGCAGGGACUUUCAUUGCACCUAGGCUGAGUAAACUGCCAAUUACACAUGCUGAAAUUACUGUGACUGGUAAUUUCACUUUCACCUGAAGCUUCCUGAUUUGUAAUACAAUCAGGAUAGUUUCUUUGUAUUUUGUACCUAAUUGUCUGAGUCAGCUUGAUUAUCUGUGCUAGUUUAUUUCUGUAGGCUUAUUUUCACCUUCUGAAUGCCCUGAGGCAAGUCCUUGGAAAGGUUAGUGACUCCUUGUUUGAAGGACCUGUAGCUAUUUAUCUCUUACAGGAAACAGAGCCUAUCAAAAGAAAUUUUAAAAAAUUUAAGAAUUGUCCAGUAGCACCUUCGAGACCCACUAAGUUUGUUCUUAGUUGAUCUCUAAGGUGCUACUGGACAAUUAAAAAAAUAAUAAAAUUAUGUAUUUCAAUUGCGUCAGACCAACAUGGCCACCUACAGGAAACAGAGCCGUACAUUAGUAAGCUUCCUGUACCUAUGUAUGGGAAGCUGGUUAUAGUUACUCAGGCUCAGCCCUAAUAUUGAAAAUAGUUUCUGGGACUGAGGAAAGCAACCUAGAUCACAUUAAGUUAAGUGGUAGAAGGAAACAUAUAGGUCUACCUUUAACUGCAAAACCCUGCUGUCAAUAUUUGUGGUAAAUAAAAGGUAAAUUGAACUCUGAUUCCAUGCUUAUUCCAUGGAAGUGUCUUAAUGUAUUAAUGGGGCUUAUUUCAAAAUACAGUGGUACCUUAAUUCGUUCUGGAGGUCCGUUCUUAACCUGAAACUGUUCUUAACCUGAGGUACCACUUUAGCUAAUGGGGCCUCCUGCUGCCGCCACGCUGCCAGAACACGAUUUCUGUUCUCAUCCUGAAGCAAAGUUCUUAACCCGAGGUACUAUUUCUGGGUUAGCAGAGUCUGUAAACUGAAGCAUAUGUAACCUGAAGCAUAUGAUUGCAGUCAAUACAGUACCCAUUAACCAAUGCCUUUUUAAAUCCCACAGUUCUCAUUGAUGCUUACUCCAUUGCAAGACUAAUGCUGCAAUCACACACACACACACACACACACACACACCCAAAACACUGUGGGUUGUAUAUAGACUUCCAUUCACACAAUGUGGCUUCAUCUUAUUUUCUUGUCCCCUUCACACACAUGCACAUGCACACCACACCCUCAAAAUCAGCUCUGUGGGGGUUGGGGGGCUCUCUGAAGCAGAUUUGGGGGACAUGCAGGGUGGGGUUAAGGGCAGGCUAGUAAAAAAAGGAAAGUUGGUCAUUUUGGUAGACUGUUGUGAAGCUGUUAUGUUUUUCCUAGCAGGCUAAGUGGUUUAGAGAUAACAAUACAUUAUGCACAGAUGCAUGUAUUGGAACUUCAGUGCCAAUUUAAAAAGCCAUUUUGGCAAGGGGCAGUUAAAAGCAGGGGAAUUGUAGUGGGUGCUUAAUACUCUUUCCUCCGCUCUAGUCUCAUUCAGCUCAAUGACUUUUCCCUCCACUGGAUAUCAAAUGCAAGUUUGACCUAACAAGGCAAACAUACAUUUUCUGUGGCAAAUACGCAUUUGAAACUUGGGGUGAGGGGAGCUACUGUGGAGAUUUGGAGUGGGAAAAUUAUGGAUGAGAGUUAAGUGCCCCAGUAUUGUUUUCCUCAUCUCAAAUUGUCUUUUUCUGAAAUGGUUCUUUAAUUAUUAAAGAAAAGUACAUUGUGCUUUAAUGUUCAUUUGUGUGUAAUUUGUGUGUAACGCAUUGCUACUUCCUUCUUGGAUCUAUAGAGCACAUAUGUUGUGGAAAAGCCUUGCAACAUUAACCAGUGAGAGAGGCUCAAGUUUUUAGCUAUGAAGUCUCUAGUGUGGCAGAGUAGGGGAAUGUGAUACCCCAGUAUAAGAAUUAUUCCUUCUGGAAAAUAAACAGCUCAUGAUCUUGGUAGCUUUGGAGAGGCAAAAAGGCUUUUAUGUCAUCAGAAUGAAAAUCUGGCUGCUGUGGCAAAAUUUAGGGUGACAGGUGUUACCUAUGCAGCAGAUUGUUCUUGAACUGCUGUGAGCUGUCAAAACAACAUAGUGUAUUUUGCCUACCUUAUUCUGCAAUUGAUAUUACUUAUAUUACACUCUGCACCUACAUUUAAGUUCACAACAUAUGGUCCAACCUAAAUAAAUACAGGCACCCCAAGGUGAAAAACUUUAUGCCACAGUGUAUUGUGAGCAAAUUGGAUGCAAUUAAAACCUUUAAUGUUUAAAGGGAUCUAUAAAAAUACUGGUAUUAACCAUCUGCUCUGGUUAAUUUUUAGCAAGCAGUUUUAAGUGUAAUGUUGCACUUCCCAUAGGAAAUACUGAGCUGGCUCCACAGACUCCUUUGUGAGGGGAGGGCACUUGUGCUCAUGAGCGGGAGGGAGUCCUAAUUGCUACUAAUUCCUUUUUCAAGCUUUUGCUUCCUAUGCUUCAUCCCAUGCUGCUUUGGCAGAUCCGUUGAGCCUUAGAAGUGCCUUUUCAGUGGGCACAGAGGACUGCUGUGGAAAGGAUGAGGAAAGGUCCUACACAAGUAAAACUUGGCUCAUACUUUCCUAGAUCCAGUCCAUGAUAGUUAAUUCAAAAUGAAAGAAAAAUAAUUUAAGAAGUAUAUUCUAGCCAUGGGUAAGGGUUUGAAUCCAAUUCUCCAUGUCACUUUUUGCCAAGUAAAUAACCCAAAGAAAUGAAUAAGCAUAUACAUCUGAGAACAGGUCAACCAUUUCUAGAAACGCUGAAAAGUGGGAACAGCCUAGUUUCCUCACAAAACAAUACCUGGGUUCUACAAGAACUGAAGGAGAAGGAGGAGAUGGAUCUGGGUACUGUGAGUUAUUCAGCUGAGGCAACUACUGCCCUUGCUGCUGCUGCUGCCACCGCCAUCAUCCUGCUCAAUGUCAUGAACUGAAUCACAAUUCGAUGAGCUAAACUAGUUGUUGCUGUUAUCUGCAUAAUCUGUUCCCCUUCAUGAAGGAUGAAAAAAUUUGAGCCAGAAAGGUGAAAGAGCAGAGGUGGGGAGAAGGUAGGGAGGGGCUGCAAGACUUCUAGUAGCCUGCUGGUGGAGCUUGUGACCUGCCCCCUGCCAGAGGCUAUAUCUACAGGUAUCCAGCCUAGAGGCAAUUAGUUCAAGAAAGAAAUUGGGAGACAUCAACACUGAGUACAGCAAAGGAGCAUAAGAUUCACUCUUAAGGGAAUGGUUACAGAUAGAGACAGAAGAUUGCAUUUAACCUUUCUUUGAUCGGUUGUUUCAUAAAGUAAUUUGCUGAUUUUCUGUAAUUUUUACAUAUGAUAUAUAAUUCUUAAAACUCCAUGCUUUUGUCUUAGUAAACUUUAGCUCUUGUUUCCUGUUGUGGUCUCUUCUUGUUUUAGCACCUCCAGACCUAGAAGCCAUAAACUGUGCUAUCUUUAGAGGUUUCAGAUGGACACAAGGGUUAUGGAUUGAUUGACAGAGCAGCCUUGUAGAAAUAAUCUCCCCUUUAUUUCAUGGAAGCAAGUUAUUUAAAAAGAAGAGCACUCUUCCUUGUAACCAGAUCUUCCUUCCCUAGGUAGCACAGAACCCAGGGUGGCUGGGGGGUGGUCUUUGAUAAGCUUGAAAACCAGAAUUUUAAAGCUGUGUGAUGCUAAGAGGAAGGGAUUGGGAAAGAGGCCAAAGAAAUAUCAUCCUAGUUCAUUUAUCUGCCUACAGUGCAAAAACAAAACAACUACUUACAAUUAUGCCCAAAGAUAAUAAUAGCUAAGUAUGUCUUAGUCUUAAUUGUAAUCAGCGAAGGAGUUUUUCAAUCUGUUUCUGGUGCCUCGUGUUACUGAACUUGGGUAAAAAUAGUGAAAUGUACUUUAUACAAUUAAAUUUUAUUCAGAAUAUUUCUGCCUUUUUCAUUCAGUGUACAGAACGGAGAGCUAUAUGGGAACAGAUGUUAAGAAUGCAUGGGCAGUCAUAAGCAUGCAAUUUCCUUCAGUUAGAUUGUUAGAUAUGCUUGCAUCUGCAUUCUUAUAAUUUAUUUAGUGUGUGAAACAUCUAGUUCCUUCUGCUCUGUUUAUCUCUGGCUCAAACCUCACUGCUAUAAUUUUUUCACCUGCUAUAGUAAACUUCUAUAUUGAGUGGCAGUUUUGAAUGAAUUACAAUUAUAGAUGAGGAACCUGUGGACCUUCACAUGUUGCUGGUCUACAAGUCCCAUCACCUGAGACCAUGCUAGUUCAUGCUGAUGGGAGUUGGGAGUACAACAAUAUCUGGUAGGUAGAUCAUAGAAUCAUCAAAUUGUAUAGUUGGAAGAGACCCUGAGAAUCAUCUAGUCCACCCCCUGCAAUGCAGGAAUAUGCAUAUGGGGAUUGAACCUGCAACCUAGGCAUUAUCACAACCAUGCAUUCCCAAACCUUGGAUUACAGUGUUAUACUCUCAGAAUCAAAGCAUGAAUCUCCAACUCUCUGUCAUGGACCCUUUGUAUUAUCUUGAUGUGUCAGUAAAAUGUGAAUAGAGGUGCCUGACAUCAUUUGCAAGCUAGAAAUCAAGUCAAAAUAGUUUUCUGUAGGCUUAUAUCACCAUGUCCAGUAUUUCUAUGAGACAUUCUGAUCCUUAUUUUCCUGUAAGUAAUUACAUUUAAAAAUGUCUGUAUUAGAUGCAGCCUAUAGUUGUUGUAGGGACGCGGGUGGCGCUGUGGAUAAAACCUCAGUGCCUAGGACUUGCCGAUUGUAUGGUCGGCGGUUCGAAUCCCCGUGGCGGGGUGAGCUCCCAUCUUUCGGUCCCAGCUUCUGCCCACCUAGCAGUUUGAAAGCACCCUUAAGUGCAAGUAGAUAAAUAGGUACCGCUUUCUAGCGGGAAGGUAAAUGGCGUUUCCGUGUGCUGCGCUGGUGCUUGCUUGCCAGAGCAGCUUUGUCACGCUGGCCAUGUGACCCGGAAGUGUCUCCGGACAGCGCUGGCCCCCGGCCUCUUGAGAUGGGCGCACAACCCUAGAGUCGGACACGACUGGCCCGUACGGGCAGGGGUACCUUUACCUUUACCUUUAUAGUUGUUGUGCUGUGUAAGUAGCCUGCUCAUUGUUCAUACACAAAAACUUUGCUUCUAAUUGGCCCACGGGCUUCCAAUGGGUGUUAUCAACUGCAAAGGUAAUUUACCUGUUUGUCAUCUGCAAUGAAGAAGUAUCAAGCAAAAUCCCCUGGUGUAUGUCCUAGUGGGUUGUUGUUUUUUUAAAGGAAAAAAUAUUAAUUUUGGAUGAAAUCCCCCUUUCCUCUUCAUUAUUCAAAAGUAAUAUAUUUAUGAGGAGAUCCUUGGCCAUAUCAGAGUUGUGCAAAAGGAGGUACUAUCUUGAAUUGGAGGCUGCCUUUCUGAUUCCCAGGGGAAUCUGAAAACCUUGACUAAAUUAUGUUAUUAUUAUCCAAUGUGUUUAUUCUGCAAUAUUUACUAAACACGGCACAUUUGAAAUUGCCAGCCAAAGCAAUGCCUCUCUGUUGAGUUUCUUUUUACAGCUGACUCAAAAAUCCAAAGUCUUUGAAGAAAGAAAAUAAUUGCUGCAGAUAAAUAUUUAGUAUCAGUAAGCAAGGAACACAAGCCUCUUCACAAAAUAUUUUUGAAUUAUCACUGUGAAAGAGGAGCAAUAUGUAAUACAGGUUUUCCAUGUCCUGAGAGCAUUGCAUUCUUUUCUGUAAAGUCCUUGGUUGUAUGGCUCAGUUUUAUGUAGCAGGAGUCAAAACAUAUAAUGUAGUAGUAGCAGGCUUCUUUCAUCUUGCAUGAAGUGAUAAGCCAGUGUGUCUUAGUGGUUACAGUGUCAGAUGAGGAUCCAGGAGACCAUGUUGAAAUCCCCACUCAGCCAUGAAGCUCACUGGGUGACCUUGGGCAAGUCACAUCUGUCAGCCUAACCUACCUCAUAGAAUUAUUUUGAGGAUAAAAUGAAGACAUUUAUUUUGAGAAUAAAAUUAGAGCUCCCUGUAGGUAAGGUGGGAUAUAAUCUUAAUGAUAAUGAAACAAAUAAUAAAGCUAUGUUUUGAGUGCUGUGUCUAGAUAUGUGUUCCACAAAUAGUAAAGUAGAACUGUGGAAUGAUCUGAAUUGCUAUCCAUGAUCGGGUUUAUUACCUGUUGCUGAGUACCUAAGAUUGAGAAAUUCUGAUCUUGUAUGCCUGCCUAAAAUAUGUGGGUUGUGCAUUCAUAUCUGCAGACAUAAGUGGUGAGGAGUUGAGAUCAGAAAGUAAUACUUACCUGUUCACACGUGAUGAUGAUGUUUUAGGUUGAUUGCAGUCAGUCAGAAUUGUACUGUCAGAAUAGUCUACUAUGACCUGGAAAUAACUUUUUUAGUUUCUAUGAAACAACACUUAAAUGUUCCAUUAAGGAGCCCCCUUAAUCCAAAAUGCCUGCUGGGCAGUGGUCCCGCUGUUCACACCAUCCAGGGCAGAAGGGCAACAGGAAAAUUAACAUUCCCAUAGCAGGAUGCCUGAGAACCACCAUGGCUGGUGGCUUCUGCCUGUGUGCAUUUUAGGUAGGCACUGUUGGAAGCUCUACAGUGUCUGAACCCACCCCAACACAGCCUAACAUAGCUGGGUAGACAAACUCCUCCACCUCAUCCAAGCCUCCUUCCACAUAAUGGAAUGGGAUGUUUGAAGGCUCUUCAAAUAGCCUACUUUACAUGUAACACUAAAUCAUGGUUUGUUUGAUCAUGCAAACCCAGCCCAUCACUUAACCACAAAUUCUUUGUUCCCAACAAAGCACAAUCAGGAUAGUAAGCCAUGGUUUGUUGUUGGCUUAUUUACCUUGGCUUGUUCUAACUAUGGCUUGUUGCUAUAUAUAAAAAUAGGAUGAUUUAUUUGUCCACCAUAAAUGCUCACCAAACUACAGAGCCACACAAAAUGAAACUACUCCCAGGACUAAAUAGCCCACUUGGGCUUUGCUUAAAUAAGAACUCUGCUUAGUUACAGAUUUUCUGUGCCCCUCUACUCUGCUGCAAUCCCUCCUUCACAAGGCAGGCAGCUACAUUUCACAGCUGUUGCAGAGGAGAAAAAGUUUAAAAUGACUCCCUUCUAAUAUCUGAAAUGGAAUUAAUAGAAAAGCAGCACAGUUAAAUGAACAGUAUGCAGUGAUGCUCCAAUUUGCCUUAUUACAUUAUAGGAACCAUUUAUAUCUGAAUGUAAAAAAUAGAGAAGAAACAGCAGUUGCUGAAAAUAAAUAAAUGAAAAUGAGCAUUCACAUAAGUAAAACUGGCAAGCUUAAAAGUUCAAACUCUGUAUGAUGCAGAAAUAUAAUUCUUGGAGGAAAACACCUUCAAUAAGCUUUCACUCAAUGCUACCCAUAAGAAAAGACUUAGCAACUCAUGGAUAAUUUGAUUCCCAAGUUCUCCAUUUUCUGGCAUGACUAACAACCUAAAGUAUGACUCAGUCAGCCUCAGAGACCCUUUUUAUACACAGAACCCACUUUAUGCAUCUUCUGCUAGAAGAGCUUUGCACAUGCUCACAAAAAAAUAGUUCUAACAGUUCCUUUCUCAGCUUUUUUUUUUUUUUUUACACUGUAAAGGCACCAUGCAUGGACAGCAAUCCAAGGAAGGGGAAAAUUUGGCUUCACCUAGCAAUGGCUGCAUGAAGAGGCUCCACUACCCAAUACACUUUGGACAGCAAGACUAAGGAACAGACUGAUUGUGUACAGCAUACAGAGGACUUGGAAGUCCUUCAGCUGUCCCUUUCUCACUGGGCAACUGAACAAUCAGGGAACUUAGCAGCAACACCAAAGUGGGAAGCAAAUAAGCAAGCAGGAUGCACAAUAAAGGGUCAGGCAAAAGGCGAAGUCUGAGUAGUCCUUGGGUCCAUUUUGACAUAGGUAGGCAAUAAAAUUAUAAGCAAGGCACAUGGAUGGUUCAUUGUUAAAGCACUGUUUCCUUAAAGAUCAGUACUGUGCUCCAAAUUGGAGCUCUCUACCUUAGCUCUAGCUGGGAACAUGGUUAUUUUACUGAAGUGGAUACAAAUCAUGGAUAGAGUAGUUACAUAAAGCAUUCAGGAAGAAUGCAGGAUAGAGUUCAGGUUCUCUGAGAGUGAGCAGUAGCUGUAGAGAUGACCUUUAUGGAGAGCAUUCAGAAAUGAAUGAGGGAGAAUUUGGUGACAUCAGACAAGUACAGGAUGACUCUAGGGAAGAAGACAUAAAGAUACCCCCCCGUGCUCCCAUUACCAAUAUUUAUAGUGCAAUGUCCACCUUUGAAAGUGCAGCAACAUACAGUUAAGUGUGCAUAACUAUUCUUCUUUGAGCUGGUCCCUAUGGUUCUAUCAACUGUAUUUGCUUCCUCUUCUCAGAAAAAAAGUUAUUACUAACACUGAUUAGGGGGUUCAUAACAAUUAGGUAGCUUUGGAGGAAGGAGACAAUAUGGAGGAGCAGUGAAGAAGAUACACUGAAGAAGUGUGCAUGCACACGAAAGCUCAUACCAAUAACAAACUUAGUUGGUCUCUAAGGUACUACUGGAAGGAUUUUUUUUAUUUUGUUUCAACUACGGCAGACCAACACAGCUACCUACCUGUAACUAGUUCUAAAAUUGUUAUAACUGCAAGAAAUCUGAAGUUUUGACUCUUCUGACAGCAUCACCAGUAUUUUGAAUCCAGUGCAUACUAUUUAACAGUAGAAUGUUACAGGAGGCUGAAUGACUUAGGUUUUUAGUUCCUCAGGAAAUGUUUUGGAAAUGUUUGUCUAUUUAUAGCUUAUUCAUUCUUAAAUGCCACAUAAAGCUGAGGGAAGGCAUUCAGAAAUUAUUCCAGUGAGAAAAGAGUUAUUUAAUGUUCUAAAUGCAGUUUUUGAAUAAUGGGCUUUAACUUCAAAAGCUCUUGGAUAAAGGAAGCUAUCUUGUUCAUGAGUGCCAUCUUGACAAACAGUUGACUCUAUGUGAGGACCUUAGGAGUUUCAGUAGUACUUUAUUUUUCUUAACUAAAGAGGCAGUCUUCCAUGGAUUGAACACAAGGAUUGCUUAGAACUAUAUAAUAAACAAAUGGAUCAUUUUGUUUAUACUAUUUCAUUACAACCCAAACAUGUAUUAGGGAAUGACUAUAUUCUUGGUUAGUGCAAGUAGAUAAAUGGGUACCACUCCAGCGGGGAGGUAAACGGCGUUUCCGUGCGCUGCUCUGGUUCGCCAGAAGCAGCUUAGUCAUGCUGGCCACAUGACCCGGAAGCUGUACGCCAGCUCCCUCGGCCAAUAAAGUGAGAUGAGCACCGCAACCCCAGAGUCGGUCACGACUGGACCUAAUGGUCAGGGGUCCCCUUUACCCCUUUUUAUAUUCUUGAACACUUGACUUUUAAUUUUCUUGUGUAGAAAUUGUAUUUUGUUCUCCAUUACUUGAAAUUAGGUUAAAACUCUUAUUAAAUCUGUUGAAAUGUUAAUGUUUUCUGAACUGUUAUAUAUUUGUUAUAUUGAUCUACCAUUAUUGUUGAGGUUUUUAUUUUGCUAAAUAUAAUUGUAAAGUACACAUCUGAAUACAAUUAGAAUUGUUUUGUGUGCUGAUCACCCAGCCUAUGGAAGCAUAUCUACUUUUAUUUUUUCCCCUAUAUUAUAUUUUUAUUGGUUUUCAAAUACAAAAAACUAAUUUAUACACUCCAUACAUCUUAAUUAAAUCUUGCUUCUCUUUUUGACUUCCCUCAAUUUGUCUGCAAUUCCUUCCCUUUUAUUACUUUUAACACAUUUCUGCCAUUUUAACCAUUUCCCCUCACAGAGCUUCCUUAAAACUUACAAACGUAAUUUGAUUAUCACUCAGUUUUUGCAUAUAUUGGAUAAACUUUUCCCAAUCUUCUGUAAAUCUUUGGUCUCGUUGAUUCCGGAUCCUGCCAGUCAUUCUGUCCAGUUCUGCAUAGUCCAUCACUUUAGUUCUCCAUUCUUCUAUCGUAGGUAGCUCCUCCUUAUUCCAUUUCUGGGCCAUCAGUAUUCUUGCUGCUGUCACUGCAUAUAGAAAUAACUUCUUUUCUUUCUUAUUUAUCUCAUUACCUGUAAUGCCUAGUAAAAAAGCUUCUGGUUUCUUAACAAAUGUAUAUUUCAACAUUUUCUUCAAUUCAUUAUAAAUCAUCUCCCAAAAGCAUUUUACCUUCUUACAUUCCCACCACAUGUGAAAAAAGGUACCUUCUUUUUUUUUGUUACUUGUCUUAUACAUUUUUGCUAGCUUCACAGGUGUUACAUACCAUCGGUACAUCAUUUUCAUAACAUUUUCUUUUAUAACUGUACAUGCAGUGAAUCUUAAACCUUCUUUCCAGAGUCUUCCCCAAUCCUCCAUUUGUAUAUUAUACCCUAUAUCUUUGGCCCAGUCAACCAUAACUGAUUUUACCUCCUCAUCCUUUGUACACCAUUCCAAUAAUAUCUUAUACAUUUUUGCUAAAAUCUUAUAGUCAUUAUUCAAUAUUUCUGUCUGAAAUUUUGAUUCUUUAUCAGCAAAACCCCUCUGAUUCAAAUCUUUUCUAAACAUCUCAUUAAUUUGAAAAAAAUGCAGCCAAUCAUUCACAUAGUCCUUAACUUCUUCAAAUGGUCUCAUUUUCCAUUUUCCUUCACAUUUACAUAUUAACUUCUCAUAUGUCACCCAUCCCCCUGUCAUAUUGACUUUCUUCACACUCAUCGCCUCCAACGGCGACAACCAAUAUGGAGUUUUUUGUUCCAACAGGUUUUUAUAUCUUUCCCACACUUCAAUCAAAGACCUUCUUAUGAUAUGAUUUUCAAAACCUUUAUGUACCCGUUUCUUGUCAUACCACAAAUACGCGUGCCACCCGAAUCUAUUAUCAAAACCUUCAAGAUCUAACACAUCUGUGUCUUCUAAUUUCAUCCAUUCCUUCAACCAACAGAGGCAAGAUGCUUCAUAAUACAAUUUCAAGUCUGGCAGGGCGAAGCCGCCUCUUUCUUUUGCGUCUGUCAAUAUCUUAAAUUUUAGCCUCGGCUUCUUACCCUGCCAGAUAUACCUUGAAAUUUCUCUUUGCCAAUUUUUUAAAAUCGCUGCCCCAUUGAUUACUGGAACUGUUUGAAACAAGAAUAACAUCUUCGGUAGCACAUUCAUUUUUAUUGUUGCAAUUCUUCCCCAAAAUGACAAUUUCAUUCUUCCGCAGACCUCUAAGUCCCUUUUGAUCUUGUUCCAUGUUGGAAUGUAAUUGUUCUGAAACAAGUCAAUACUCCUGGGGGUUAACCAAACUCCUAAGUAUUUAACUUUCUUAACCACUUCUAUUUCAGUUUGCUGCUGUAAUCUGCUAACAAUCUCCGGAUCUAUAUUUUUAGUAAUUGCUUUAGUUUUUUUCUUAUUCAGGAUUAAUCCUGCCAACUGACCAAACUGGUCUAUUUCUUUCAACACUUCUGUUGCCGUAAUCAUAGGGUCUUCCAGAGUUAAUACUAAGUCAUCCGUAAAGGCUUUAAGCUUAUAUUCUUUCCUACCCACCGUUACCCCUUUUAUCUGAUCAUUACUUCUAAUUGCCCUUAAGAAGGUCAAGGUCAAGGGUUCUGUCUUGGGCCCGGUCUUAUUCAACAUCUUUAUCAACGACUUGGAUGAUGGACUCAAGGGCAUCCAGAUCAAAUUUGCAGAUGACACCAAACUGGGAGGGGUGGCUAACACCCCAGAGGACAGGAUCACACUUCAAAACGACCUUGACAGAUUAGAGAACUGGGCCAAAACAAACAAGAUGAAUUUUAACAGGGAGAAAUGUAAAGUAUUGCACUUGGGGGGGGGGAAAUGAGAGGCACAAAUACAAGAUGGGUGACACCUGGCUUGAGAGCAGUACAUGUGAAAAGGAUCUAGGAGUCUUGGUUGACCACAAACUUGACAUGAGCCAACAGUGUGACGCGGCAGCUAAAAAGCCAAUGCAAUUCUGGGCUGCAUCAAUAGGAGUAUAGCAUCUAGAUCAAGGGAAGUAAUAGUGCCACUGUAUUCUGCUCUGGCCAGACCUCACCUGGAGUACUGUGUCCAGUUCUGGGCACCACAGUUCAAGAAGGACACUGACAAACUGGAAUGUGUCCAGAGGAGGGCAACCAAAAUGGUCAAAGGCCUGGAAACGAUGCCUUAUGAGGAACGGCUAAGGGACCUGGGCAUGUUUAGCUUGGAGAAGAGGAGGUUAAGGGGUGAUAUGAUAGCCAUGUUCAAAUAUAUAAAAGGAUGUCACAUACAGGAGGGAGAAAGGUUGUUUUCUGCUGCUCCAGAGAAGCGGACACGGAGCAAUGGAUCCAAACUACAAGAAAGAAGAUUCCACCUAAACAUUAGGAAGAACUUCCUGACAGUAAGAGCUGUUCGACAGUGGAAUUUGCUGCCAAGGAGUGUGGUGGAGUCUCCUUCUUUGGAGGUCUUUAAGCAGAGGCUUGACAACCAUAUGUCAGGAGUGCUCUGAUGGUGUUUCCUGCUUGGCAGGGGGUUGGACUCGAUGGCCCUUGUGGUCUCUUCCAACUCUAUGAUUCUAUGAUUCUAUGACUUGCUUAGUUAUUUUGCAUCUUUCUUGUAUGACUGAUGUCCAGAAGAGUUGAAUUUUGGGACAUUCCCACCACAUCUGGAGGUAAAUGCCUGUGGAGGUACAGCCUCUCCAGCAUUUUGGUGAGGCUCCUGGGCGUCGUCAGCCCUAGUUUCCGUGGUGUUAGGUACCAUCUGUAAGUGAGUUUCAGGGUGAGUUCUUUUCUUUUAGCCGAGAUGGAUUUAAAGGGAGGUGUGACCACAUUCUACUCCAUUGGGUGGGGUUAAUUUCAUAACUUAUGUUGUCCUCCCAUUGUUUUUUGAUUAUGUUGAGGGGGUUUGUGGGAUUUUGGAGCACUAUUUUGUACAUAGUGGAUACCAUCCCCUUGCCGUGUUUCUUUGUUGUUAGGAGGAGGUUUUCAAAAGUUGUCAAGGGUCUGGUUGCUGCUGAUUUUACUACUGGGUUGUUUAAGAAGGCAUGUAAUUGGUGGUGUGUUAACCAGGAUAUUUGGUUGUCCCCUAGUUUGUCUUGUAUUUCUUGUGCCGAUGUGGGUUUGUUAUUUUUGUAGAAGUCUGCUAGGUGGUAUAAGCCUUUGGCUUGCCAGGUUUUUAUCUGGACAUUUUGUGCUGUGUGGUAGAAUAGUGGGUAAUGAGCCGGGGGGAUUAGUGGGGAUGGGGACAGUUUGCCUGCUUCCUCCUCCCAUGCUUUAAGCAUGGUCUGUGUUGUUUGGGAGGAAUGGCUAUGCUGUGGUGGGGGUAUUUUUGAUUAUGUCUCUCUCCAGGUGUACCCAUUGUUUUGUCUCAUCUUCUAGAAUGUAUGGGAUUAUGUGGUGCAGUUGAUUGGCAAUGUAAUAUAGUUCCAUGUUGGGGAUUCCCCACCCUCCUUCUGAGGAGGGGAGGGGAGGUGUAGGUAUUUGGGGUUUAUUCUUGUUUUGUGUGUGUGUGUGUAAGAAGAAAAAUGAGUGUAAUUUUUUCUGCCAUUUGCGGAAUUGGGUUGGGGAAUCCAGAUUGGAAUAGGUAGGUUAAUUUUGGGAGGGUGAUCAUUUUGAUCAUGGCUAUUUUGUCAGAGAGGGUGAAGUUGGUGUUGUUCCAUUUCCUCAAGUCUUUGCUGAUUUGUCGCCACAAGGGGUUGUAAUUGUGGAGGUAUAGUUUGUUGGUUGUUUAUAUUAGCUUGGCGCAGCCGUGGUGUUUGCCAUCUAGCCUCACUGGAAGUUUCCAGCAACAACCUCAAUUUGAGGGACUUGGAGGUAGAUUAACUUUGGUCAUGAUUUUACUUUUCUGACCAGGUAUCCUGUCUGACAAUCAGCUAGUACCACAUGCUCAGAAUCUGAGACAGGAUUGGGGUCUGCUGGGCAGCAUGGUGGACAAUCAACCCAACAGUCUCCCAGCUUGAGCUAGUAGGGGUAGUGUUGUGGACUCCAGUGCUGAUUGUAUUGGGAAAUUGUUUCAAAUUACUACUUCUCCACUGCCAUUGUGUUUGUUCUGUGUUACUCAGCCACGCUUUUCUGGGGCUUUCCUUGUAGUCCAUUGUGUCUUGAAGGAAGCAGUAGUAAAGCUUUGUUGUUCAAAGUAAACAAGUUUAGAUUGGUUUGAGACAACUACUGCCCAGUUUCUAAUCCAUUUCUGAUCAAGGUGUUGGUUGCUCCAUUCCAAGUAGCAUUGGAUCCAUUCCAACCCAGGUUCAGGUCUGGUUUUGGGAUGGAAACAGUCUUGGUUGAUGAGUGAGGGGAGUACCUCUUUGCCCUCCUGCACCUAUCAGUGGCUUUUUAUGCCACUAACCACAGUAUCCUCAUGGGCCAUUUGUUUAAGUUGGGCAUAGGAGUCAUCAACUUGCAUAUAAGGAUCUGCUCCACUCCUCUUUUCCAUCUACCGUAUUUUUCGCUCCAUAAGAGGCACCUGACCAUAAGGUGCACCUAGUUUUUAGAGGAGGGAUGCAAGAAAAAAAAUAUUAUUUAAAGGGAGCGCUGAGCAGAGCCUGUAUGCAUCCCAGGCUCUGUCAGCGCUCCCUUUCACCAGCCACGUGGAGUGUGUGUGCGGCACUUGCAGGCUUUUCCCCAAGAGCCGCACACACACUCCACGCAGCUCUUUAAAGGGAGCGCACCUAUCCCUGGCUUUUGCGGGAGGUGGGGGAAGGGACAGAGCAGGCAGCUCUGUCCCUUCCCCCACCUCCCGUAAAAGCCAUGAAUAGUCCCGCGAAGCCUCCGCAGGGCACGGGGAUGAAGGCUCCCCAUGCCCUGCGGAGGCUUCGUGCGAAGCUAGAACAGCUAGAGGGAGCGCUGCACAGCGCUCCCUCUAGCUGUUCUGGCUUCUGGGGUAGCCCGCGAAGCCUCCGCAGGGCAGCAGGAUGAAGGCUACCCAUGCCCUAUGGAGGCUUUGCGCGGCUAAGCCAGAAGCUAGAACAGCUAGAGGAGCACUGCACAGCGCUCCCUCUAGUUGUUCUGGCUUCUGGGAUAGCUAUGCAGCCUGCAUUCGCUCCACAAGAUGCACACACAUUUCCCCUUACUUUUUAGGAGGGAAAAAGUGUGCUUUUGGAGCAAAAAAUACGGUACUUGUCUCUGGCAGGCUAUUGAACACUACAACUGAUAUCUGAUGGAGGUUUUUGAGUGGAUGAGGUUGACCCAGACAAAAAGGAGGUACUGGGUUGGGGAAACUUGCUACUCUGAAAUCAGGUUUGCAACAAGUCUUAGAUGGGGCUUCAGUUCCCCUGAGGACCAAGUUGGUAGUCUGGGAGCUCUGGAGUCUGCACUAACUGAGGAAGUUCAGAAGGUGGUGUGGCCAGGAGUGCUUUUUACCUGCUUAGUUUGUAGUAGCAACUGGGACCCUAUCCAGAACAGAUGGACCUUGCAUCAGUUAUCUAUGCACUAAUUAUUAAACACUUAUAAAUUGCCUAUUUAAAAACUGUUAUAUUAUGCUAUAUUAAAAAGGUAAUACACCUCAUGCCAAUAACCUUGCAAUCUAAUAGCUGCAAUACAAAGGGCAAAAGCAAUCAAGAAGGAACAGGGAAACAAGCAUUGGAGUAGCUGCUUCCUUUACUGACCAAUGGACUUGCCAUUAUGUGGUGGCAGAGGCCAAAGAGUGCUUCCUUUCAGUUCUGCAGACUUGGAUAACUAGCAGCUACCUAAUCACAUCUAGGUUGGACUGCUCAAAUGCUUUCUCUGUGGGGAUGCCUUUGAAAAUAGUUUGGAAACUUCAGCUGACGCAAACUGAGGCCAUUUAGGUAUUGGUGAGGGUCAGGCAGCUGGAGCAUGUGGCAUUUCUGCUGCACCAGUUGCCCCUGGUUGCCAGUGUGAUAAUUGAAAGUAGUGGUUUAAACAUUUUAUACCCUAAGUGGUUUGGAGCCUUAAAGACUACCUUCACCCAUAUCAUGCUGCCCAUAUUUUUGAGAUCUGCAUCUGAGGCCCAGCUUGUGUGCCGUCUGUGAGAGCAAUAAGGAUGCUGGGCACAUGGGAGAAGGCAUGUGCCAGUUAUGUGAGCAUCUGUUCAUUGUUCAAAUAUUUUGCAUGUAAACUUUGCACAUAUCAAACAUACUGAAUAUUCAAUGUCUCGCUUUCUUUUCUUGUGUAGGCUAUAUAUAUAUAUAUAUAUAUAUAUAUAUAUAUAUAUAUAUGAUGCCUUUAUCAGUAGUAGCAUGUCUUGUGUAACUUGCUGUGCUAGUUUGUGUUUAACUUAGCUGCCAUAUCCUGAUGUUUAAAUUCAGUUUUUUGUCUACUAAGGGUGGAGAACCUACAGACUGAACCAAAGACAGGAUCUCUGCUUUCAUUUAAAAUAAGUUAUUUGUUUUAAUUUCUAAAGGAAUUAAUGUGUGAGACAAACGUGGGUUGGUGAUUUAGAUGGCAACUAAAUUAGAAGCAAAGUAAGACAAACAUUACAGUAAUUAAGGCUGAUACUGUAAUACUCUUAUUUAAUUGGAAGAUGGCUAUUCUUUUAAAGAAUUUCAUUCAACGCCUUUUGAAAAAGAAACACCAGCAUUUGGCUUGAAUCCUACUAGGCUUCUGUGAAUGGAAUAUAUCUUUCCAUUCAUGGAAAGGACCAACAAAGAAUGGGCAACAUUUAUAGAGUACAGACAGUGACCAUUUUAGGCAUGUCCGGUAUGUGCGCAACUGCACACACACGCAUCACACUGAACCUGGAAGUGACCCAAAAACAUCACAAAAAGAGGCAGGGACAGAAUGGGGUGUUUGCAGGCUUUUUCAAUGUGUGUUCUGAUUACACACAAUUUCACUGAAGUGCAAUGACUCGGAACACAAGCCCAGCACAAAUGGUGAGUUGCCUGUUUGGGGGUUAAUGCCAAAAUGCCAAAAGUGGGCAGGGACACCCCUCCUCUCAAUCUUCUUUUGGCUUCACCAUCUGAAUACCAGUUGCUGGGAACUCAUGCCCAACUUGCAGGCUUCCCACAAGUAUCUGGUCAGCCAUUGUGAGGACAGGAUGCUGGACUAGAUGAGCCAUUGGUCUGAUCCAACAAGCUUGUAUUACAAUCUUAUUAGUCAAGGACAGUGGAGAGUAGAGGGCACAGAAACUGCAGCAGACUAGGUCUAACAUAGAUUUGCUUGUUCAUAAGAUUCCAUAGCAUACUCUCAAUUGCCCCAUAAAAACCAGGACAUCCCAUUUUUUCCCAUGAGAGCAUGGCGGCUGUUUUGGGCACUGUGUUCUCGCAUGAUUUCAGGACAUGAUCUCACCCCCCCAAAAGUGAUCUCAUGAAAAAAGCGCUUUUUCUGGGGUAGCAGGCUCACGCAGGUCACAUGACUCAUAUGGGAGUGCAGCCCUGAAAGAUAGCAUCCUGGUUUCCCCCCACAUUGUAUUGGAGGGUAUGCAAUAGGGUGAGGAACCCUGCUCUAGAUCGAGAGAGGGUGGAGAGAGGGAAAGAGAGCAACGAGCAAAAAUGCAAAGCACUGAUGACAGAGUAAGGAAAAGGCAGCAGAGUGCUUCCUAACCAAGACACCAUUACACCUCUUUUAAUGCUUUCCUCCAUUUGGUUUGAGUCUCAUUUUCCCUACCCACCACAGUAUGUAUCUUAAUUUAAAAAACUAAAAACCAAACCUGGAGGCCUCAGGAUUUUCCCUUCCAUUGACUAUUGUUUUUAGUGUUGAUAUUAAAGUUUGUAUUUUUUCACUUAGUUUGAGACUUUGUUUUUUGAAUGUAUUGUCUCUCUGGUUAAUUUGUCAAUGUUGUUUAAUUUACAUAAGCUAAAGCUAAAACAUUUUAAGAACAGUACAGUAGCUGAAAUAAGGAAACAAAUGGAUGUCAUCCUUAUUAAAAUUUUACAGUUGACUAAACUGUAGAACAAUUCUGAGCUAGUGACUGUAAUGAAUAUCUAGCACUGAUAGUGCUUUUGUUUGCUUCUUUAUGCAACAGAUAUGUGUGUACACAGAAAUCUGUAGGCUUUGCUGUUUUCUCCCAACAAAUUUAGAAGGAUGUACUUAUUUCUAAAUCAAUAUAAUAGAACAGGUUUUGUUUGAAUUAAAUACUUUCUUCUGAAUAAAGCAUUUUGUUAGGGAGCUAUAUCAGUCACCUUAACAACAAAGGACAGCAUGUUGAUGAAUUAUGUAUGUAAGCUGAAUUUUUGGCUUGCUGAUAAUUGACAGGUAUCAUCCCUCUUUCAACAAAUUUCUUCUAAUUAUGGAUCACAUAUCAAACAUAAUAUACAGUGUCCUUCCCAAAACAUGCACAAUUCCCACAAUUGAUUUCAUGUUUUAUUUAAACUUAAGAUGUUUCAUGCUCUCAAUCUUAAAUUACUUUACCACUUCAAAUUAGUAAAUCUGUUCUAGUAGACAUUUAAAUCUGUUAUUCAUUAAUGUGUUUUGUACUUUUCUGCUCACAGUAUAGGAAAUGAAUGGUGCUUGUACCAUCUAGACUGACUUUUAAUUAUUUAGAAGACCUUUUUUGUAAGGCUGUCAACUAUCUAGAUCAAAGCUUCUAGAUUUAAAUCAAUUAGCUAAAUUAUUUAAAUUUGUAUAUAAGCUAUAUUGUUAUAGGAAGAUGUAUCUAUGAGAGUUCUGAACAUAAGGCUGGUUUAUGCAAAAUUUAAGGUAAUUUACAGUUAAGUAAUUUAAAGCUACCACUUUCAUGCUAGAAUGGAAUGCUAUGUUUAAUAUUUCUUUUCUUUUAAGUCUAAGAAUAUAGAAUAUUUCCUGUUGUGCAACCACACUAAAAUCUAUAGAUAAAACAGCUAAACUAAAGGUAUGCCAAUAUUGUGAAAUAUCCAGAUAUACCAAGAAUUGAUUGUAACUGAACUGAUUCUUUCUUCUUCAGUUAGAAAGAAUCUCUGUAAUUUUAUCUAGAUAGGCAGUACACAGACUUUCUCCCUCUCAUCAAAUUGAAGUGGUGAAUCAGUACUGUGAACUGGUAAAGGACUAGUUAAGGGCCAGUAAACUGACACUCAAGCCAUACACUGCUGAUCAGUGGUACAUCUGCCAUGGUGGUGAUGAUCAGCCUGUUACAGAUGGGGUUGCAUAACUCCUAUUAAUCACGUUUGCAGGAUAGAAUAACUAUUUGCUCUGACAUUAACUUUGGAGGCCUAGUUAUUUCUGUAGCGUGAAUUACCUUUCACCAGCGGAGGCUGGUUCUCCCGUUGACAUAUGGACAUAGACUUCCAUGCAAGUUUUCCAUGCUUUGGUAACAUCCAGCUCAGACUGUGUUGUACAUCGGACUGCCUCUGAAGAUUGUUAAAAAAAACUACAGAAAGGACAAACAGCAGAAGGUGGAUUACUGAUUGGAUGAAAGGAACCUGUGCUGCGGAUCUUAAAAUCUGCAUUGGUUUGUGGUCUAUUUCUGGACACAAUUCAGAGUGAUGUUAACUUUUAAAACCAUAAAUAGUUUGGGACUCAGGUCAGGUCCUCUCCUGCAUUAACUUGCUGGUGUAUUAAGAUCUUCCUCAGAGACUUGCUUCAGUCUCUCUACCUUCAGAAAUGAGGCAGAUAAUGACUUGAGAAAGGGUCUUCAGGGAGUAUAUCAGGUGUCGUCUGACCUCCAAGGCUUAAAGUGAUCUCAAAUAGCACUAUGGAAGAAGGCUUUGUCAUUGGGAGAUAUAUUCAGUUUGGGUCAGGAUAAAGGACACUUGUCCCAACUGAGUGCAAGCUUGCAGAGACCAGUCUUGGUUCUAUCAGAAACUGCCACAGACUGAAAUUCAAAGUAUCCCUACAACUUCGGAAUAGCAACUCAAGAAUUGCAGAUGUUGAGGGAUUAACAGAAUACAAGAAAGGCUGUCCUGUUAUUUAUUUUAUUUUAUUUAUUCAUUUAUACCUCAUCUUUCAAUAUAUAUAUAUUUCCAGCUUGCAGUAAGACAAACCAGACAGUAGUAAAAACAGUUAAAAGGUAUGUUGGACAGUACCAGAAUAUCUGUAAAUCUGAGUCAGCCAGUACAGAGAUCAUAAAACAAUUCUUAUAAAAAGGCUUGUGAAACAAAAAGGACUUCACCACAUGUCUGAGGACAGUAAGAGAGAGAAUUCUACAGUUUCUAGUACCCACCAGUCAGAUAUUACCUAAUGACAGUCCAGAGAGCAGCAUCUUGAAAGCCAAUCUGUGGGCUUGGAUAGGUACAUAUUGGCAUGUAGGGUCUUCACAUAAUCCAGUCCUUGGCAAUACAUGCAUCUAAGGUAUAUACUAGCAUUUUAUAUUGAGUUGGAAACAAAUUGGUAACCAACUAGCGUAAAACGAGCUGACUUGUUCGAACCAGCAUUGUGGCAACUGCUUUUUGGGUCAAUUGUACCUUCCAUAAUGUUUUUAAAGAUAAAAACAUAAAGUUUUUAAACAAAGAGCAUUGCAGUAGCUCUUUGUUAUUGUAGUCUGUUCAGUUCUCUUAUGCAUUCCCAUCAGUUGAGAUAAUGACUCAGGUGCUAUAGGAGAUCAAGUGGGACGUGACUCAUUGUGCCUUCAGUGAUUCCAGGUACAUAAACAGCCUUCACAUCUAAGGCGUAGAGUCCUUGUUCCAGACCUGGUUUGCUAUGGAAAGGGGAUGGGAAUUUAUAUUAAUGUGCUGUGCCUUCAUUUCAUAGUGUGGAGGACUCUGCCAUAUUAAACAUUCUAAGGAGGUUUGUAGUGUUCUGCAUACUAGAUUGGAUUGUGCAUUCUGAUUGUAUAACAAUAAAUGGAGCAGGUUUCAGAGUUAGCCUGUGAAAGAUUUGACUCCCCAAACAUUAUUUGAGGACUUUGAUUAUUUGCUUGCUAUAAGUAAAUCUGUCAGUACAUUCAUUACAAGUUAAUUUUAUCAGCAAGUACUGCAGCAUUUCAUGUACCUUUUGAGGGAAGACCUACUAUUGGAAACAUUCCUUUAAGGCUGUUUAAAUUGUGUCUAUUUAGUAAGUCCCCAUGAAGUACGGAAUCUUUAGUUUUGACAAGAUAGAUGUUCAAAACUUUUGUGCCCAUGGCUACAUGUCCUCUGGACCUUGCGUUACAAUUGUAAUUUUGGUUGCUGUUACUUUAGCUCACAGAUUGCAAAUUUUCUGAUUUGAGGUACAAUCCUCCAUUUAUCAAGUUAAAAAAAAAAAAAACAAAGAAAAGAAAAAGGUUGUCCUUUGUUUAGAAUUUUUGCUUAGAGUUGUUUCAUGUUUUCAGGCUACACAGGAUGCUGUGUUUAUCUGUGUUUUUCUUGCCUUUUCCGCAAUGCUCAGGAUACGCGAGACCAUUCAUUACUGGCCCAACAGCUUUAUCUUUUUAUCUACUGUACAAAGGACCCAAGACUUCAAGCUGGAGUCUCAUAUUUUUAUUUGUUUUGGAAAAGGGAAAAGGAAUAUGUUAGGGGCUUGAACACAACCUCAGGGUGGGUUGUGUCACAACUGUUAGAACUUGUUAUGGGUGGGCUCAGAUGCAAAGUCUGUUAGAAGAUAAUGUGCCUUCAACAGGGACCCAAGCUACAUUUGCAGUUGUCUAGAAGAUAGUAGCUGUGGAGACCAUCCGCAGAGCAGUAACCUGGCCCUUGCCUUCAGCUUUAAUCAGUUGAUGUUAAUGCAAGAAAAGAGGCAAAUGCUGAGAAGAUACUAUUUGAGACCUUUUUUUAAAAAAAGGAGACCUCAGAUCCCAUAGGGGCUACUCAAGAACUACGAAGACAAAUAAAAGGUUGUACAGUACCUACUUGUUCCCAAUUUUCCAAGUGGCUCUGUGCAGUCACACAAUCCACAGUCUUCCACGCUGUAUUGCAGCUCUUGUGACAACUCUGUGAAGGAACUGAUGAAACAGAAAGGUGAGUAAACCAUAAAGGAAAGGAAGAGGAUGCUCCAUGCUGUGGAGUAUUCAGUAGCUAACGUGUGUGCAUGGUGUCUACUGUGUGAUUGUGCAUACAGAACCAUCUGAAGAGCAUCACUUCCAGGCAAGCGCAACCUUGUUUUUAUGCAUUGCUUUCUUAUUGUGCAAUGAUUAGUUGGUGUGGGUGGGUGGUGCUUUAUCAAAUUCUAGUGGCGUAGGCCUGAAUGGCAUGUUACCUUGUACAUAUGGCUGCCUAAAGGGAGCAACUAAAUGUUUCUUUCUCCCUUCACCCUCUGUAAUAGCUAGGACAGGCAUAGGCAAACUCCGGCCCUCCAGAUGUUUGGGACUACAGUUCCCAUCAUCCCUGACCACUGGUUCUGUUAGCUAGGGAUAAUGGGAAUUGUAGUCCCAAACAUCUGGAGGGCCGGAGUUUGCCUAUGCCUGAGCUAGGAUAACGUAUCCAUGUCGUAAUGUCACAGCACUGUCAUCUCUCUUACCACCCAGUGGUACUUAGUUUCUAAUUUUAGAAGCCAAUGUGAAUUGUGAUGGUCAAAUGAGCUUUUGCUCAGACAGAAACUGAAACGCUUGGAUGAUUAUGAGAGAUUGUUAUGGUUACUCCUGCUGUCUCAAUGUUGUUUACACUGUAUCCUCAUACUAAUUUUCAAGCACGAAAAUUAAAUAGUUUGCUUAGUCCUUAAAACUGAUGAUAAUAACUUUCGGGCUACUUGUUCCAAGAGCUUGAAAAUGAGGGUUAAAGGGAAACAAUUAGGCUUCAGCUUUCCUUUUGUAACAAAUCUUGCAUUAUCUGUAGUAGUGCAUCACUUAUGACCCCGGUGUGUUUGAACCCACAUAUUUUUCCAUCUUCUGCCAAUCUGCCUGUGCCCUGAAGCAGGAGUGAUAUAUCCCAAAAGGCAGUCAGCUUUGGUGGGAGAAGCACUCAGCCUUCUUAGGUGUACCAUAGCCUCCGCAUUAAAGUGAUAGAAAACAAACAACCUCAGGAGCACUGGAAGCCCAAAUAAGAUCUGGCAGUAGAGGGUCCCAGGGAUUUGGAUGUGGAGAGAGCUGGCACUAGAAAUGGAAGCUGAUUAUUACAGUUUUUGUCAAAUUCCAGUAAACUAUCGGCAUCUACAUCUAGCAAUCCUCUCUCCCUCUGAAAUAGAAGGAACAGAAUUUUAAAACAGAAAUAUUUAUAUACAAUUAUUUACUCUGUUGCUCUGCCUUGAGGAUUAUAAUAUCUACAGUUCUAACAUUAUCCUUCUCAGACAUUAGAAGGAUUAUUAUUCUUACUUGGGAUUUGCAAACCAACAGAUUUGUAAAACAAUAAAAUAACAAAGCAGGGCAGUUUGAUUUGAUUUAGAACAUUUGUAUAUUGCUUUAUACUAAAAUAAAAGUCUCAAAGGGAUUUACAAUACUACAACAGAACAUGAUAAAAGAUAUUAAACAGUGCAAAAUAUUGGUGCAAUAACAAUUAUAAAACCACACACUAAAGCAUGGAUUGUAACAACAAUAUAAUUAAAACUGACCAUAUACUAAGGAGAAUAAAGAGGUUUUUACCUGGUACUUAAAGGUAGCACCAAGCAUGCCUCCCUGGAGAGAAAGUUCCAAAGGUUGGGGUACUAUUUCAGAGAAGGCCCAUUCUCUGGGCCACCCUCUGGCCCACCCUCUGGGCUUCUUUUGGAGAUGCAACAAAGAGAAGGAUCUCAGGUGAUAAAAUCAGUAUCCUGGCAGGCUGAUGUGGGACAAUACUUAUUGGAAACUAGCUGACAGGCAGUACAGAUGCUCCAGAAUCAUUAUAUUUUAACUCUUUGCUGGUUUCACUGACAGUCUGCCUGUCACGUUAUGCACUAACUGAAGUUUUUCAACUGUACAGUGGUACCUCUGUUUAAGAAAAGCCCUGUUUACGAACAAUUCGGUUUACGAACUCCGCAAAACCAGAAGUAGUGUCCUGGUUUGUGAACUUUACCUCAGUCUAAGAAUGGAAUCUGAAUGGUGGAGGGGCACCACCAGCAGUGGGAGGCCUCAUUAGGGAAAGCGCGCCUCGGUUUAAGAACGGUUUCAGUUUAAGAACAGACUUCCGGAACAGAUUAAGUUCGUAAACCAAGGUACCACUGUAUUCUAAAGCCAUGAACAAUGCAUUGCAAUAAUCAAUCUUGGACACUAUCUAGAGUUUGAAAGUUUUAUCCACAAAAUUCAAUAGUACAUACAUAAUCCCCAGGUAAAUACAUAGAAUUGCAUUCCUGUGUAUUCAGGAUUAUAUUCUUAUGUAUUCCUAUAACAGAGCACAAAAUCCCAGAAACUAAACAAGCUUUCCUAAAUCAUCUCCACUUUUUUGUGGGGCUGGGUUGUGGUCAGGCCUCCUGGCCACUCCCCUCCCGCAUCAUGCUAGGGGAGACCCCGGCCAUGCCGCGUAGCCAGGCAGCCAAUCAGGUUGCUUUAGGGGUUUGGCCAGGGCCGAUUUAAGCCGUGGCGUGACUCUGAGGCUUCCCUUUAGUUAAUAAAAAUUAUACACUGCUUGAUUGUUAAAAAAACAACCCUCAAAGCAAUUUACAAAAGGAUAAAACAAUAACAUCCAGAAAAAAAUACAACCAUACCUUAAAACAUGCUAAAGUUAAAUUACUAAAACAGUUUAAAAUUACCUCAAGUUUCUAAGCAUCUGGGUAGUCUUUUCUAAACAAGAAUGUUUUUAGCAGGUGCUGAAAAGAGUACAAUGAAGGCACCUGUGUGAUCUCAACAGGCAGGGUGUCUCAAAGUGUAAGGACCACCACACUUAAAGAUUGACUUCUUACAAAUGUGAAAUGGGUAUUACGUGGCACCUGGGGCUGUGUAGUUACUAGAUAUUUUCUGUUCCUAAGUAUCUGUAAAAAUUACUUGCAACUAAAACCAGUGACUAUUGCAGUGACUAGGAGUCUUGGUUGACCACAAACUUGACAUGAGCCAACAGUGUGACGCGGCAGCUAAAAAAGCCAAUGCAAUUCUGGGCUGCAUCAAUAGGAGUAUAGCAUCUAGCUCAAGGGAAGUAAUAGUGCCACUGUAUUCUGCUCUGGUCAGACCUCACCUGGAGUACUGUGUCCAGUUCUGGGCACCACAGUUCAAGAAGGACACUGACAAAUUGGAACGUGUCCAGAGGAGGGCAACCAAAAUGGUCAAAGGCCUGGAAACGAUGCCUUAUGAGGAACGGCUAAGGGAGCUGGGCAUGUUUAGCUUGGAGAAGAGGAAGUUAAGGGGUGAUAUGAUAGCCAUGUUCAAAUAUAUAAAAGGAUGUCACAUAGAGGAGGGAGAAAGGUUGUUUUCUGCUGCUCCAGAGAAGCGGACAUGGAGCAAUGGAUCCAAACUACAAGAAAGAAGAUUCCACCUAAACAUUAGGAAGAACUUCCUGACAGUAAGAGCUGUUCGACAGUGGAAUUUGCUGCCAAGGAGUGUGGUGGAGUCUCCUUCUUUGGAGGUCUUUAAGCAGAGGCUUGACAACCAUAUGUCAGGAGUGCUCUGAUGGUGUUUCCUGCUUGGCAGGGGGUUGGACUCGAUGGCCCUUGUGGUCUCUUCCAACUCUAUGAUUCUAUGCUUUUAGUGGGGCAACAGCCAUAUUCCCAUAUAUAGAAAAACAUUUUAAUACUGGCAUUCUAGCUAUUAUUAGGAACAGAAUGUCUGGUGUACUACAGAUGAUUUCUGUAAUGUGGGUCAGUCUCUGUAGGCCACUGUAAAUCAUUUGGAGAUCUUUGGGUAACAAGUGACUAAAAAAUCUAAUAAACAAUAAUUACGAUUAUUUCAGGGGCAUGUCACGCUGGGAAUCUUAGGUGAGAUACCCACAAGAUGGAAGUUGACCUCCAAUUCCAUUCACAACAUAGAGGCAGCUUAAGGUCCAAAUAGUUUAUUGUUGCAGAAUAGAAAGGCUUCAGUAACACAGUUCUGGAUGCUGAUAUAUGCAUACAACUUGUAGGCUUUUGACUUUGACAGAUACAUACAUACAAGUACAAAGUAUUUCUGUUGCUUCAGCAGUUCAAAACAUAACACAGACUCAAACUGCCUUCUCAAAACUCUCCCUGACCCUCACUGGCUGACUCCUGAGCUGACAUGCCCUAUUCAUUUAUAUAGAUGGCACUGCCAUAACAACUGGCUUGACUGACCUUGCACCUGUUGGCUUAUCUCAUAUAUAUGGGGUAAUUUGUGCUCGUGAAGGAAAUAAAUCCCUUCCUUCAACAAGUCAGGGAGAUCCUAUGUGUGUCCUCUGUGAACGCUGGCCUAUUAGAACAUUAGGCUUUUGGAUAAAAAGUGCAAGAAUACUCUUCAGCAUCAAGUGUUUGUGCUCUUCAAGCCAGGCAUUCAUGGAUGUGUGUAAACGUUUCUCUUGCUUUAACUCCCUCAAUAAGAGCAAUUUGUUCAUUUUCUCAAAUGGCUUUGAUUUAAGGGGAGGAGAAGAUGAAGAUCUGUCCAGCACUGCUGCCUUAGCCUUGAGGCAGAGCAGGUGUACCAGUUUGCCAGGCUUGGCCAAGAUGCUGAGAUGCCACCCAUGCUGCAGGCCUUGUACUAGAGUGAUUCAUCUGGGUGGGGAUGACAAGUGAGAGCUUUUGUAUAUAGUGGGAUGAAAGAAUAAUCAGUGAAUAUGCAAGUGUGCUUGAAAGAGAGAAAAGUUAUGAACUCUAGAGAAGAGAUUAUAUGUACCAAAGAGAAGUAGAAUUAUGAAAGGCUUAGGAUAUUCUGCUCCCUCAAAUGGCUGCACAGCAGAUUAUUUUAAAAUGUCAUAAAAAGUGUUGGAGUGCAAUUCUUGGGUUGUCUGCUGCUUUUAGGCCCACAAAAUAGUGUUAUUAUCUGGUUCCAAGGACAAAUAUUGUAAAGUGUUACAUUAGCAGAUUGCAUAUUGAGAAAAGGUAAACAGGGAAAGGAAACCAGUGGUUGCAAUUAUUGACAGAGCAAUUAGUACUAGCAAUCUUUCUUCCCUCCGUCAGAAAAAGCAUAUUUUAUUUUGUGGGAUUUUUGAGGAGGAAAUAUUCUCAAUUUUAAGAAAAUAAAUAUAUUCGAAAUUGGCAUGCAGCAAUAAUAACAAAUCCUUAGUAGUUAACCUAUUUAUGGAAAUAAAGCUUUCAUUAUACCACAGAGGUGGUAUGAAAAACCAGGAGAAUUUCUGUAUAUAAAGAAGCCCAAGUAGAUGCUUUUAUAAUGGUUUCCUUUAAAGCAUGGUUGUAUUUUUGGCAAAUUCCCAGCACUUUACUUUCAGCCAGGAGAGUCUAUGCAUAGCUCUUAACAGUACUUCUACGCACAUCAUUAUAUGGAUGGGCCUUCAAAGGAGGGUUUGAAAAUACCUUGGCCUAUAGUUGCCCUUAGAGAAUAAGAACAUUGGUUUUUUUGUUGAUUUUGACAUCUAAGAUUAUAUAAAAGAGGGUCUAAUUGUGGCAAACUAGACUGGCUUGAAUAAUACAGUUGCUAAGUUUGCUUUGGUCUUCAUACCAAAUUUAGAAUUAUUUUGGGGUUUAAUUUAAAAAUCCAAAGAAUCACAACAUAAAUUAACGAGAACUCAUGCAUGUCUUUAAAAAGUACAAGCAGUGCCGCCUUUUUCCAAUUUCUAAAAAUGAGAUAUGAAAACUUCAGCACUUCAUACUGUAACCUUGCUUCUCUAUGGGGAGAAAAUAAGCCUGUGUUAUCUCAUGGUGAUGGGCCCAUUCUUCAUUCUCACUAUUUGGUUUUUGAGAGCCUCUGAGCUUGAGACGCUCUAGUCAGAUCAGUCAAAGCAUUGCCAGCUUUUGUCCUUCAUUUUUAAUGGCAGUUAGGCAUUUGCUUGAAAUGAUUUACUGUAUUCAGUAUAAGUUUCUGCUUAUACUUAAAAUAAAACAGAACAUAUUGUUAAAUGUAGCUAGAGGUUGCUGUAAAACAUAAACUCUGGACAGACUUGCAAUGUCAUUUGUAUAUAAUACCCUUAGCUUUUGAGUGCCUUCAGAGAGAGAGAGAGAGAGAUUUUAUAAUGAGGAGGAGGUUGGUUAAUGGGCAACAAAACCCAUCAUUGUAUUGUUCCUUUUUCUUCACAUUACCUGCAUGAAAUCCUGUGCCAAUUCUCUUCCUUCAUUUAAUGUCCAGUUACUGUUGAAGGAAAGACUGUGCCAAGCUCUGGGAUGGCUGAGCGUAUAAGUUUAUAGCCUACAACAAACUGGCCUACCAAUGACUGGGCCAGCAUUUCUGUGCCAGCAGGACCGCACCUUUUGCCUGAUAAGCAAUGUUUCUUUUGCCAUGGCAUGCACCAUUUUAUGACUACUUAUACUAAACUUCAUUUGACAUUUUGUUGCCCAUCACCCAGUUUUGUGAGGUCUUUCUGGAGCACUUCACGGUAAGAGAUCAAUAACCAAGAUGUCUAUCAUUAGUUUAACAAAAAAUUAGAAGCAUGUAGGAGAUUAGUAUGGCUGUGCUAUCAUAGGGGUGGGGUGCAACUCCUUCCUUAUGUUUUUCUCCUGAUCUACCAACCCAGUAUAGGAAACAUCGAAAAUUCAGCAUGGACUGAAAAAAAGGCUUAUUAUGUGAUCAGAAUGAUACCUGUAACAUUUGACAUGGGCGAAAAUGAGGAAGUCUGUUUCUUUUAAAGGGCACUUCUUAUAUUCAACAGACACUGAUGAAACAAAACGUAUAAGGAAUUUGGGGAGCCCUCUGUACUCUUUUUGCAUUAUGAAAAUGGAGGGUCAAGUAUAGUGGUGUCCUGGAACAUGAUUUUCAUUUCCCCUGCAGAUUCCAGGCAUUGAAGGCCACUCCCUCUGGUGGCCUAUGUGAAUAAUCAGUCACCAGAGAACAAAGCAAACUGAUUGUCAAGCAUUUUCCUGAUUCUCAAAGCUUAAUCAGACCAGUGAAAGAAAAUAUGAGAAUAUUUAGUGUGAAUACUGCAAGAAAUUAACUGUGGUGUUUCCUUUGUUCAUUCAUCUCUGGAUGUAGAAGAUCCUUUAAGCUGUAGCUCUAAAUGUACCUCCUAGGAGAGGCAGGGGGUGGGGAAGUCACUGAUAACCAGCAGAACCUAUUCUGGAGUAGGCAUGCUUAGAAUUAGAUUGGGGUGUUUUGCUGGAGUGGGAAUGACAGAUGCCAAUCAGUUGCUUCAAAAUAGGGAUUUUUGUGUGUUUUUGAUUAGCUUCUUAAUUCAAACAUGCACUCUCUAGUAGCAAUCAUACCCUGCUGAGUAGACAGAUACAUUCUUGCUGCUCAUCUCUUUCUUCAGUGCCUGGCUAUACUAUUUCUAAGACUUUCUGUUAUUAAUGGCAUUUUGCCACCAUCGGAAGUGAGUGUCAAAAUACUUCGAUCAUCCUUGAAGGCUGCUUCACAGUGAUGAGAAAAUUGGUCUGAUUAAUGUAAAUGAUACACUAUUCAAUGCACAGUGCAUCAGUGAUUGCUUUGGUUGCACUUUAAUUCACCUGUACUUGUACAUUAUACUUCUCUGGCAGCAAUUACCUCUCUCUUUGGUAGGAGAGGAAUUGUAUUAUUUGAAAGAAUGUGGAACUUUCCAGAAACUUGUUCUAAACCAUGUUUUAGUUCUCAUUAAGUACAGCUGCCUGUGAAGUGCUCCGAUAAUCUCUUCUUAAAAGGCACUGAUGACAAUGACUGCCCACAUCUCAAAAACAAGACUCUGUGAUUAAUUAUUAAACAGUUUAGCUCUUAUCCAAACUGUUUCUGUCAUUAUAACUAUUUUAAGAAAAAUAUUGGAUGAAUUCUGACAAUGCUAGCCACAAACUUUGAAACUUAUUCCAGCAGAGGGAGUGUUGGGAAAUGGUUUUCUUUUCAACUGGUUAUUGUAAGAGCUACUAUGUAACUUUAAGAACUGGUGCCUGAUUUUGUUUGUGUUCCUCUUCCUUUAUAUUUUCCCUGUUUUUCUUGCAUAUUUUAAAUUGUAAAACUUGUAGGCAGUGGUUGUUUUGAUUGUUGCUCUAGGUGUCCUUAUAUAAGCUGCUUUAGGAGUCCUUUUUUGGCUGAAGAGCCAGGUAAAAAUGCUUUAAAUAAAAAUAAGCAUGUAAAUGAAUGCAACCUACAGGGAUUUCUAAGUAUUACACAUACUGUAAUGUAAGUCUGCAGUUCUGAAACCAACAAGCAUAGGGUGGAGAUAAGGGUGGUCCGUCCCAGAAAACUACAUGAAGUGCUUUCUGAAAUAUGUGUCAGCCAUUCCACUAGCCAAGCACUGACAUCUAAAGAGCCCUCUCAAAAUCUGUCUGGUUUGGUCCUCAUUCUCUGCAUGCUUGAAAGAUAAAGAGCAAGGGGGUACAGUUUCAGAAGCUAGUGUACAAUUAAGGGUGUGGCAAUAAUUCAGCAGGUUUCUUUUCUGAAAACAAUACUGUAUCUCUCUAGAAGUGGGCAAUUAUCCCAAACCCACUUUCUGCUCAGUUCUCUGAUUUACUAUCAGUUGUGGGGCAGGGAAGUUAUUGGGGUCUGGAUGUGCAAGCUAGCCAGGGGUGGUGGUGUUGUUGUUGUUGUUUAGUCGUUUAGUCGUGUCCGACUCUUCAUGACCCAUGGACCAGAGCACGCCAGGUACUCCUGUCUUCCACUGCCUCCCGCAGUUUAGUCAAACUCAUGCUGGUAGCUUCAAGAACACUGUCCAACCAUCUCAUCCUCUGUCGUCCCCUUCUCCUUGUGCCCUCCAUCUUUCCCAGCAUCAGGGUCUUUUCGAGGGAGUCUUCUCUUCUCAUGAGGUGACCAAAGUAUUGGAGCCUCAGCUUCAGGAUCUGUCCUUCCAGUGAGCACUCAGAGCUGAUUUCCUUAAGAAUGGAUAGGUUUGAUCUUCUUGCAGUCCAUGGGACUCUCAAGAGUCUCCUCCAGCACCAUAAUUCAAAAGCAUCAAUUCUGGCGAUCAGCCAGGGGUAUGAUAAGGUUAAGAAUGGAAAUCCUACUGGGAGCAAAGGCCAUCUGUACUUGAAUGUGUAUCAGAAUGAUUGCAACACAAUUCCUUAAAGUAAGAAUAUCAAGGAUACUAAAGCAGAAAUCCGUGUCUGUGGGAUGAAAAAACAUAAAACUGCAGAUGUGAACUGUUCCUACCAUCCAUAGCCCUAGUAGCUAACAUUCAUUAUAUAGCCAAAUGAGAGGUAAUUGUACAUUCAAGUGGGAGAGUUGUGGAAAAGGAUGGGCAGCCCAAAUCUACAGUCUGGUAUUGGUGGGGUUUUGACCCACCAGCAAAGAAGUGAAAUUGAUUAGAUUUGCCAUAAUUGGUAAAUAAAAUCUUAGAUUCUCCUAGUUAUGUUCUCCAUAUACAGAUAUUUUCUUGGUCUGUCUUGGAUAUGUGUGGAUCCGUCUCAUCUGUGUGGGAAUGUUCAGGGAUGCAGGAGAGGAUAUAUUGUUUAAUUAUAUCCUUUCCAACUUGUGUUAACAAGUUCCACAAUUUAGCAGAGUAACAUUCACCUCUUUAAACUUAUAGUGGAUGCGUUUGCUCAGGCUUGCUAAAGCCUCUAUAAUAUGUUUUAAAGGUAAUUCCCCUUUAGUCCCUCAUAAAAGAUAAGACACGACACAGUCUUCUAUAAAAGUAUAAAAAGCGUUUACUCACUCACAUUCUGUUCACAAUUGGAUCCCAGAAGGCAGACGUAGCUUAGAAAAGUAAUAUAUCUGGAAACCAUCCCAUAAAGAGACAGUCCCUUUGUCCUCUCUUGGCUGGAAGCCAAGAGAGCAUCUUUAGGCUAAGCAGAUGUUGCUUCUUCAACGAAUGUAGUCAGAGAUGGCGGCCAGUCCUAUGCUUUUGUUACCUGCACAGGUGAGGCCACGCCCACCUCUAGUCACAUGCAGAGGAAGUCUGUCCCAGCUUAGGAGAAACAGGAAGUUCCGACUGGCUGGUCCAGACAUCCCUUUUAUGUCCUCUCUAGGGUUGUUGUACUUGACUGCUCUUGUGUUUCACAUCCCACAAUCUGUCAUCCAAAAUCCUGUGUCCUAGCACCAUCUUACAUGUGAAAGAACCUGUGUUUCUUUCCUACUUGUGAAUUAUAUGUUGUGAAAUGGUCUUUGUUACAUGCCCCAAAACAUAAACUCUAACCCCCCUCAAUAAGUCAGUUUUAAGAUUUUACCACUUGUUCAAGGGACGGUCACAGGCCUUAAUACAAACUUUCCACAUAAUUAUCACAUACAGUGGACUGUUCACCAGUCAAAUCAUUGAUAUACCAGCUGUUCCUGACAUUUGAAUAUCUGUGAUUCCCCCACUCCUAUUCUAUUUGAAGACUUUAACCAGAUGCAGACUCUAUGACUUCAACAUCAGCCAUGCAUUUAACAACUCCCUCCCAAAUCUGUUUACCAUUUAACCUGACAAAGAUUUCAGGAGCACACAAAAGCUUUUGGUAAUAUUUUGGUUGGUGUGGUAAUAGUAUUGAUUUUUAGCUGUUUCUUACGGGGCCAUUCUUACAAGGCCAACAUGCUCCUUUUACUUUUUAAACAAUAUGAUCGACUUUUCAUAUGUCGUCACAAAGUACAUUGCAGAAUAUGGGCAUAAUAUUGGAUGUUAUUAAUAGAGAACAUUAAUUGUUUUGCCUGGGAGGAACAUCAAAACGGUUGCAAAUAAUUUUAGGACUGAUAAAUAGAUGCAAAUAUAAGAAGGGCUUGCUCAGGGGAUUUUUCAGUAGCCAGACGGUGCUGGUUGUACUUUAUCAGGGGAAAAGAUAUAACUUAAGAUCAAGCAAAUGUAACUUUGUGUGGCUUGAACAAGCCAUUCCUAAAAUAUAAAAUUGUCGGAUGAUUCAUGAUUACACAGAUAUGCAGAUGAUAUACUUAGUAACUAAUACAGAGAUGGAGAAUAAGAGGCAAAGAGUUGACUAAUCUGGGGUUAUGAGGCAGAGCAAUGAAAGAACCAGGAAGAUUCUUUGAAUGAAUGACUGACUGACUGACUGACUGAAGAAAUUCAUAUGCAAAGCAAUAGGGAAGCCAAUCUUAUGAGAGUGAGAAAUGGUUGAGAUUGCAAUAAUAAGCAAGACAGAAAUAGGAGAGGUAACACAUAGUCAGCCUGUCAAAAUAGGUCACACUGUCUGGGGUUGUCUGUAAUCCAGCCCUGUAUUUUACCCCCAACCCCCACCCUGAUCCCAUUAAUCAAUCCUUGGGUUCCUACCGAACCCACCAUGUUUUAUUUAAGAAUAUAAAAAUUUCCCUGUUGCAAUGGACAUAGGCUGAUGCCUAUCAACAAAAUAAUCCUGAACAAGAUAAUAGAUGGUAAAGGAUCUCAAGAGCCAAGGAAUGGGAGCAUCUUUAAAGUGGGCAAAGCCUUUGUUCAGAGCCUUUGUGUGAGCCAUGACUGAGUAAAAAGUAUUGUUAAAUACUGAAUUACCGGUAAAUACAACAGAAUCAGACUCUAACUUGUGUCUCCAUAAACUAAGAUUUUCACCAUGAGUACUCCCGAAUCCAUAAAAGGAAAACAUCAAAUACUUUUUCAGAAUAAGGACAGGUUAUAGGGCUAUAAUACUGAGCAAAGGAUAUGGGGAAGGAAAGGUGCUUCAAACAUUUUGGCUAGCCCAACCAUAUAUUGGAAAUGUAUGGAAAGCAGAGGGCAGACCCAGCCUUCUCAGGAAAUGCUUAGAAAUACAGUCCUUUAAGAAAACCCAACUGGAGUACACAAAAAAAGCAGGCCAGGAAAGUAACAAUGAAAGAUAUAAAACCACACAGGGGUGUAUAGGUUAGACAGGAGAAGGGCACUGACUCCAUGCAUGUGUUUAGUAUGCAAUUGAGCCAGAAAAAGAUAACUGAUGCCGUGUGGUGGAGGAGGUAAAUAAGUGCAACAAUUUACUAGCAUCUAGAUGAGCAAAUAUGGGUUUGUUUUGUAGUUCAUAAUAUCAUAUAAUAGUUCAACACAAAAAUGGUGGAGACAAUGAAAGAGGAGUGAGUUUGGCCCAGUUAGGAUACUGAAAUACUGAAAAUCAAGGCAUGGCUGAGAAUUUAGCAAAAUUGUCUCUCUUUUCUGGUGUGUCUAGAUUGCUUCUUAUUGAUGCAUCAUGGUCUUGUGCAGGUCGUGAAACUAAACAAAUGCUGUGGGAACUUUCAGUGUUGAGUAAUUGAUUUCUCAAUGUUAGCACUCAUUCUACAUACCCAAUUAUGUGUAGAAAACUGCAGCUUGAUUCCUUGACUGGUUACUUAGGGUUAUACCUUAAGGCUGUCAUUAGUAGAGUUUUGUGCUGCACCUGUCAGACUUGUUUGCAAAUACUAUAUGAAAACAAGCUGCAGCAGAUUUUAGAAUGCAUUCCCCCAGCAAUAGCAAACUGUAAUGUCAUCAAAACACAUUCAAAUAAAAAGGGUUUUGAAAGAAUGUUACAAUUGCCUUAAAUCUGGCUUUCAUAAGACUGUGGUUUCCAGGUUCUGCUGAGAACAUGCAAGAACCCCAGGAAAUCUAGUGAGAGGCCCACAAAGCUUCUGCGAGAUUUCAUGGGGCUCUUGCAAUAUCUUGUUGGAGCCUGGAAGCCCCCACAGCUGUGGCAGGGGGUGUACCUGUGUGGGUGCCCACAGAGGCAUCCCUUGAAUUCUGCCACCUGAGGUGGUUGACUCUGUCUGCCUCAUGGGCCAGCAGUGAGAAGCUAAGUUGUUGAAGGGGUGCAUAGCUGUGUAUGGCAGUGCCACAAUCAACGGUGUUUGGGGCAGAGGAGGUUGGACAGACCAGGAAAGGGAAAAGCAUCAUAAACCACUUUGUGCUAUCUGUCUUCAGCAUCAGAGCUCCUUGUAGAAAAUGUCGGGAAACUUCCAAGUUUGAGGGUGCUGUUUUUAAACACCCAUGUCAGUUAAUAAUACAAUUUCGGGGUUGAUCCUGGAUGAGAAUUAAAGACUGAUUUAAUGCAUACUGAGUCAUGGGUCCAUCGUUGCACAUUUAAGCUGAGAGAAUAGGACUAUUUAACUUGAUCUUGGAGCUAUGGUGGCAAUGCUUCUAAAGGAAGUAAAACUUAGCUCUGUCAAACCUUCCUUACAUGGAUGAAGUUCUUGAGCAUGCUGUCUCAUCUCAGUUCCAGGCAUUUACUAUUUCAUAUCUGUUAUUUAAUUCAGCCUUCACUAAGUUGGUGCCCUUAGAUGGAACUACAGCUCCCAUCAGCCCCAGUUAGUAGGGACAGUGGUCAGGGGUGAUGGGAGUUGUAGCAGAGCAAAACCUGGAGGACCACAGGUUUCCCCACCUUAUGCUGUACUGAGUCAAGUCAGUUUAUUGUGUUUUAGUAGACAGCCAUUAUACCCAUGAAAAUGACAACAACAACAACAUUUCUGCUCUUAACUGUUAAAGGAUAAAUAAUUUCCACCUUUAAUAGCACUAAUUUGUAGAGCCUUAGCAAGAAAUUUAGAUAUUCUUACGAAUUUAAUCCGUUCCAGAAGUCUGUUCUUAAACCAAAGCCAUUCUUAAACCGAGGCACACUUUCCCUAAUGAGGCCUCCCACCGCCAGUGCCCUUCUACUGUUUGGCUUCCGUUCGGAAACUGAGGUAAAGUUCGCAAACCGGGACACUACCUCUGGUUUUGCGGAGUUCGUAUACUGAAUAGUUCGUAAAACAAGGCUGUUCUUAAACCGAGGUACCACUGUAUACUUCUCUACAAUGGACAGCAAAAAAACAAGUCUUUGCUGGGGAUGACCUUCCCUUCUGUGAUCUUAACAAUGAGUAAAUAUAGACUCAUGUCUUCUCUGUGUCUUCUAUUGACACAGAGUUGCAACCACAAACCCUGUCCUUAAGAAUUCCUUUGUGCUGGCCCAUCCAAUCUGCUAGUGAAAGGACAUUUGAUUUUGCCUGUGUGAAGACUACCCUCAUUUUAACGUUUGGUAGGUCUGAAAUCCCAGCAUUUGCUACCAAGAUGUUUAUUGAUUGUGGUAAAUAAAGGAAUGCAGGUAGGCUACUGGGUGGGCACAGGGUGAGCUCAUUCUGUUGACGAAAGAAAAAGUGCCAGUCUGGUUGCUGAACCUGGGUGCAUUUUCCCUUGUCUCUCUUCUCUCUGGUCCCCACUCCAAAAAGCAGCAAGCAUUACAGCUAGGGACAAUCCAAGCCACUGUGUUUCUCUGCUGUUGUUUCUGGCUUUCUGCUGUGGCUUCCACCUUUAUGCUGUCACACGCAUAGCAAUGGAAAGCAUUCAGACUGGGGGCAAACCAAGGCUUGCCUUUCCAUAAACAAAGUGUAAUAAAUCAACAGAACUGUUCAGACUGUGGUGUAUCCAUCACACAUGUGUAUUAUCAAGAGUCAAGGGCCUUCUCAGCAGUGGCGUCCACCCUGCGGAACGCCCUCCCGUCAGAUGUCAAAGAAAUAAAUAACUAUCUGACUUUUAGAAGACAUCUGAAGGCAGCUCUGUUUAGGGAAGUUUUUCAUGUUUGAUGUUUUACCGUGCUUUCAAUAUUUUGUUGGGAGCCACCCAGAGUUGCUGGGGAAACCCAGCCAGACGGGCAGGGUAAAAAUAAUAAAUUAUUAUUAAAUUAUUAUUAUUAUAGCUUCAUAAUAAUCACUCACAGUUGUUUGCAAAGGAUGCAAAACCCCAGGCACUCAGUAGCCAUGGGCCAUUUAAAAGUUGGGGCCUGGUAACUGUGUUACUGAAGAGAGUAGGAAGCAGGUUUCUUCUUCCAUGUAAGCCACGGUUUGUAGGACCUGACCAUGCUGCUUCCUUUUAAUAUAAAACAUUUCUCUUGCCAUCUAUCUUCUCCCCUACCUCCACAUUUCUACUACUCAUUUUUCCACCAUGUUUUUUUUUUUGUACAUAUCUUCCUUAGAUCCAAAACACUUCUCUCCGUAUUUAUUUUUUUCUCUCCUUUCCACAAUAUUUUAUUUCUCAUUCCUCUCCCCAUCUCCUGCAGUUUUAACAUGUAUUUGAGAUGAUUAGCAAAAUCAAGUGUCCCUCACACUCAAUUUUUUUGUAGGGUUCAAGUAGGUUCCAAGAAUUGUUCUGGCACAUCAUUGCUCCCUUUCCCCCACCCUUCUUUUUGCUGGAUUGUGCAUGCUAGUUAACCUGCAUCUGUGUAGUUUACAAGAAACUCCAUCUUGACAGGGCAGCUAGUUUGUAUGUACACCUUUGCAGGAUCUCAGCUGCAUCUCUAACUCUGCCACACCUAAUUGAGAGGAGUUUUAAUUAUUCCACAGUCUCCAGUGCAGGGGAGUCAGGCUGGGGUGAGGAGGAUGGGAUUGGCAGCAAGAUAGCUGGAGGGAAUUGGAAUACAUAUUACCUAAGGGAGUGGUAUCCUCAGUCUUCAUCUACUUUAAUUCCCUCACCAGACACAUCAAACAAUAACGCUGUAGGGCUUGAAAAAAUUGGGGCAAGGCAGCAGGGGCAGUGGGUGGCAGGCAGUGACAGCCUGUCUAAAUAUCUGAGUGGCAGACAAUUGAAAGGAAACAACUUUGCUGCAUGGCCAGUGCAGGCAAAACUAUGUGUGGUAAUUAAUUGUUGGGGCUGUUUUUGUUUUUAAACAAAGAAAAGUUUGAUAAUUGGACUAAGCUGCUCGGCCAUAGGUGAACUCGGAAGGGAGAAUUUAUUUGGUAUGACAUUUCCCAAAGUCCAAUGAAAUCCGAUUGCUCCCCUGUAAUUAUAGUGAUUAGUUUUAAAACUUGUACCUUACUGCCCGCUUUUUUGCACUGAAUGUAGGAAGUGGGGGGAACACUACAAAAGUGGUGGGGCCAACACUAAAGGAGUAAUUUGUAUUUGUGCUUAAAAUGUGACUUGGAAUUUGGAAGUGAUAAGCUUCUGAAUGCCAGUUCCUGGCAACUGCAAGUGGGGAGAGUGCAAUUGCACUCCGGUCCUGCUUGCAGCUUUCCAACAGGCAUCCCGUGAGAGCAGGAUGUUGCACUAGAUGGGUCUGGGCUUGAUCCACCAGGGCUCUUCUUAUGUUCAUAUCCACAUAAAGCAAUAAUGUCCAUUAACAUUUUCUGUAUAUUCUGGAUUUUUUUUAAGCCUUUGUGCCCAACAAGCCCUCGCACAGCUGCAAAAAAACAAGAGUCCAAUCAAAUGAUUAGCUUCCAAAUAUAGAAGACUUUAUCUCAUCAGAAUAUACCAUUGCAAACAGACUUAAAUGCUUGUCCCUCAACGUCCUUUUUUAAAAUUACAAUAGGCUAUUCUUAUGCUAACCAAAAGGGCAAACAUACAGCUAAUUUUCAUAACAAGCUCUUUUAAGUGAUUAGCAAUCUGUAAAGAGAUCUGUGCUGACUGGAAAAAUACUAGAUUCAUUGGACUUGCUCGUCUAAGAGCUUAGUGGUAGACCAUCUGCUUUGCAACCAGAAAAUCCCCAGUUCAAUCCCUGCCUGACAUCCACAGGUAGGGCUGGAAAACACUCCCUGUCUGAAAUCUGGGGAGUUGAUGCCUGUCAAUAUGGACAAUACUAAACUAGAUGGACCAAUGGUCUUCCUCCCUCUCUGUGUUUCUAAGUGCUUGUCUGCAUUGCUUUCCUUACCUAACUAAUAAUGGUACUAUCCAUUCUGCUUGAUAUAAGUUUAGUUCACCAGUAAGCAUCUGGGUUUCGCAGAGUAGUUUUACUGACAUUUCCUUAUAAACAUGGAGUCCUGCUUGUCAAUAGGCAGAAAAUGAGCUAGGAUUUAGUUGUUCCCUUCGGUCACAAGAGUAGAAAGUUAAUACAUAGCAGCCCAGGCCUAGAUAUCUUGCUGUCUUCCUAAGGACUCAGCUACACAGGUCAAUUUAUAAUGUUAAAAUGCAUUAUAAAAAUGUGACACCAGAUGGCGCUGUAGAGCAGAAUCCAAAGUCAAUGGCAGAUUGCCUUGGGAGCUUUUCCCCCCAUAGCAUUUUUUAAUAGUGUUUUUUAUAUCUGUGUAGAUACAGCCAGUGCAACUUAAGUGGUGAUAUAACAACAGGACUUGAUAGGAGAGCAAAAUGAUCUCGACAUUUUGAGUUUUGCAUGCCGUCUAGCAGUCUGAAGACCCAGGGGUCCUGAUAUACUGACAUGUAAUCUGGACGUAUAUUUUGCCUCUCUUGAGUUGCUUUUAAAAGGGCCUUAAAGACUUUUAUAUGCCAGACUGCUCCAGAUUGCUGAUUCUGGUGUGAUGUUUUGAAACUGUCAUUGUGCUUUGUUUUAUCUCUGAAGUCCUGGACUAAAAUGUUGGUGUCUUCAACUUAAUGUAUUUCAUACUGUAUUUUCUAUUUUUAAAUAUAUGAUGGUCUUUAUGAUCUUGCUUUUAAAAUGUGUUUAUACUAGUUUGGGCUAUACUGUAAGGCACUUUGUGUUGACCAUUUGCAGAAUACUUAUCAUAAAUAUGUAAACAAACAUCUGUGCAUAUAUGAAAAAUUCCUUGUGGGAUUAGAGAGAUUGUAUACAAAAGGCUCAUGACCUGAACAGUUUUCUGUUUGUUUCAGUGGAGGGUGAAAGUCUAAAUAUCCAUUGUGUUGAUAGCAUUCUGACAUUUUGCAAGAUUGUAUUUGUGAUGUUUUAAGAUAUGAAGUAAAUUACUUAGGUUGCUUUUUUUAAUGUAAAGCAGUAUAGAAAUUUUCUAAAUGCGCACGGAUGGGUCUUACAACCCCUACACAGGCAACUGCAAAGGCAAACAAAUAAUAAUGAUGUCAUAGGAGCCAACUCCUAGGGGCUUCACCCCCCCAAUAAAAUAUUCCCAAGUUGAUGGGCAUUGCCAUUCAAAUGGUGUAUGUGAAUUGUGUCAUGUGAUUAUGCUGGGUGGGGCUUACCUGGGCCCCUCCAAUAUUUUAUUCAAGUUGGCACUCCUGAAUGAUGUUAUUACCUAAUGGUACCUCGGAAGAAUUGCACCACCUCCCCCAUUUUCUUUUGUUAAAUUCUUCAAGCUGCAUUAGAGUGAUAUUUUAAAAUAAUAGAAAAAGAGGGAUUUUGUUAAAGAUAUCCGCAAAUAAAGAAAUAGAAAUGAUCUAAAUAAAAUAUAUAAGCAGAAAUCAGCGGAGCACCCCUAUGGUGUGAGCUUUCUGUGUGCAUAACAGUAAAUGUAGGCCUCUGACAGGGCAAGUAGAUGUGAGGGUUUUAUUUUAAAUCGCUUGCUGGGUUUGACCCAUUGAGACAUACUUUGAUCACCAUUACGAGCAGUCUGGAACUGCGAGGGCUAGAAAGUAAUUAAAAAAAACAAAAUCUGAACAAGUGCUCAAGUCUUCACAGACCGCAAGUGAGGCGAAGUCCCCUCUCCUCAGCAGCCAGUCCAUGCAGCCAUGAACUUCAAAUGGGAGUCACGCCUGCUGCACUGAGAUCAGCAUUUGGCAUUUAAUCCGAAAGAAAUCCUGAGGCGAGCCUUUCUUGACUCCUCCAUUAACUCAGAAAUGAGUUUUGCCCCUGGUCGCUUUUAUUUGUCUCCAACACUAACAACAUUUUCAUGGUUGUUAUAAACAGAUAAGCAAACCUAAAAUCAACUCCAAAUGCCCCACAAUGUCAGGGUGUUUUUGUUUUGCUAGGCUCUUGUUUCCCAGGCGCCAGGCCUGUAGUGCGUUUUUCUUCCUAGUGAUUUAUGACGCUGCUUUUCCUGUUUAGUUAACUAUGAUUCUUGACAAUUUAACUCAACAGGCAAAUUUGAGGUACAUCUGAAAAAUAAAACAGUCGUUUGAGGGAUUCAUACUGAGAGGUGAUUUACAAGCGCCAAGACUAGCCUCAGUCACUUGGGAUUUUGCCACAGGUGCCAUUUAAGGUGAUAUUUUCUCCACAAGUCGAGUUAUGGCAUCAUGCUUUUCUAGCACUCUGGGACACAUUCUGAUGCCAAGGGGAACUCAAGGGAGAGACUAGCUUUUUUAGCCCACCACAAAUGCAACAACAUUAACCUUAUUUAAAUUUCUACAGUUGUAUCUCGGGUUAAGAACUUCAUUCGUUCUGGAGGUCCGUUCUUAACCUGAAGCACCACUUUAGCUAAUGGGGCCUCCUGCUGCCGCCGCCGCGCGAUUUCUGUUCUCAUCCUGAAGCAAAGUUCUUAACCUGAAGCACUAUUUCUAGGUUAGCGGAGUCUGUAGCCUGAAGCGAAUGUAACCUGAAGCAUCUGUAACCCGAGGUACCACUGUAAUCCCAAUGCAGAUGUGCACGUGUCAUAUAGGUCAUAUAUGUAAAGCACAUGACUUGCCACAAAAAAUCCUGGGAGCUAUAGUUUGUUGAGGGUGUUAGGAAUUGUAGCUCUGUGGGAACUAAAUUUCCCCAGAUUCUGUGUGGGAAGGGAGCCAUGUGCUUUAAAGGUAUGGUAUAUACACCGCCUCAGAAUGCCUCCAGUGAUUACAUCAAACUAAUCAAUAUCAAGGUUAGAACAAAUCUGUCUUAGUUAUAUAGAAAGCUAUUAACUGCAUACACAGCAUUCAUUUAAAUGACAUGGUUUCUCCCAAAGAAUCAUGGGAACUGUAGUUUACCAACAGAGCUACAGUUGCCAGCACCCUCAACAAAUUUCUGCUCCCAGAAUUCUUCGGGGCAAGUUGUGUUUAAAUGUACAAUGUGUAUAUGAAGCCAUUCUGAGUGUGUUUUGGGGUGAGGAGCUGGCUGGCGGGAACAGGGGCUGCCAGCAUGGCACCUGCAAACCUCCCCUGGCACACAUAGGGUCCUCCCUGAAAUUAGGCUUGAAAAAAGCAUUCUGUUGUAGCCAGUAUAAUAAAUUGUGUGGGCUUGGUUGCUGUGUGUGUUGCCCAGGCUGCAAAUGUGUCCAUGAGCCCAAAAAGGUUGGUGAUCUCAGGGCCUAGACAUAUCUGUUGAAGGCAUAUAAACAGUUGAAGCAUACGCAGAAGAUUACAUCUGUUCAGGUCUGACGUGAGUAUCCGUAACAUGUCAAAAAUGUGACAGCAGAGGAGUGAGUGCAUUGAAGUCAUCCUUUCCACAGCACUGGGGCGGAAAUCAUGUUGUUCCUGUGCCUUGAGACUUAACCGCUCAUUUUUUAUGCAGGCUAUCCUGUCCACUUUGACUCAUCUCCUCACAUGUGAACCUAGUGAGGUAAGACUGUCCAAAGUGCCUUUAUCUAUGUCCCACUGCAAUUCCUGCGGUGAACCUCUUGGUAUCAGCCUCUUUAUGGAAACAGGGAGGGCAAUGAAGGCCCUGAAAGCCUAGCCAAAAGGAAGGGUGACUAUAUUUUAGAAAAAGCACCUUUUUAUAUUCUAGUGUUCAAAAACAGUCGAGUUUUCAAUAUGCACACUGUUUAAAAUCUGGAAAUGUUUGCAUAACUAAAGUAGAAUUUUAAAAACUACAGCUGGUUUACAGAUUGGCCUUCUCACAUGCUCUGCUCGUCCAAAUAGGCUAUAGCUUAAUAAAACAUACACACCAAAAUCCACAUGACCAACUACAAUGGCAGAAAACUGUGUGCUAAGUUCAGAGUUAUCCAGGACUCUUCCUCAGGCUGGAUGGUAAACAGAGCAAGAGUAAUGUUUGGUGGGGAAAGUUGUCUGCUGUUGGAGUCAGAGUGUCUGUCCUUAGUCACAGUCUUAAGGUGGGAUGUGGGAGGAGAUAGCAGGCAUUCAAACAAAGAUGUGCUAAGUGCUAUACAGGUUUUGAUUUGUGCCUAGGACUGCUGGAAAGAAGAAACAUGCCAUGCAAUGGCUGAUCCCCCAUUUUUAGAAAUAUAAAUAUAGUGUAAUAGUUCAGACAUAAGGGCAAGUAGUUUUUGGAGUUUUAAGAUCUGUGAAAUUCAGGUGCUGAAGUGAUUUUAUCUUCUUCUGCAGGUUUUAUGCCAUGUCAGAUUAAAUUUUACGGUUUUUUAA